AUGUUCUUACCCGAUUUGGAUUCUCUCUCCACUUCUGACACCAUAUUGUUGUGGUUUAAAUUCAGCAGACAGCAAUGUUUUCUCUCAGGUAUGAAGACAAGGAAUGGACACAGCAGAAAUACGAGCUCGGAGGGCAGUACUCAUUCACACAAAUGUAUGGCAGAAUACUACACCUAAUUUUAAUGGGGAGAACACAGAUCUUAUAACAAAAUUCUAUACACAUCCAAAAGGGGUUGUCUUCACAUAAUACAGUCAUGUCCUGUCAAUUGCAUAUUAAAAGAACUUAAAGCACAUUUGGCAUUAGCUGGUCAAAAGGUGUUACUCGAUUACACAAACACUUCCCAACAAGGUGUUAUCAGGAUAUGCAGUGCAGGGGGGGAAACAAGAAGAAGAUACAAAUCAGGAUCAAAGGCCAGCUGUUAUAAUAGAGCAUCCUGACAUUACUAAAUCUACUGUGUAGUGUGACACAGGAUAUAAGGGGAAAGGUGCUCAUUAAUCCAUAUCAGUUACAGUCUGUGAUGCUGAGAUAUCUGCCUAUCCGAUCUAGAUAUGCUAUUGUUGUCUAGGUGGACUUGCAGAUGAGGGAAGGGUAGUGUAGAGAUAAUGGCGUAGUUUGUAUAUACCGAUGGCAGUGAAAAUUAAAGUGCAGUUGCUGUUGCAGCUUCAUGUCUCUUGCUGUGUUGUAACUAUCCACUGUCUGCUAAUGUGCAAUCACUUAAUAUAGCGAUCAGCUGUGUAAGUUAACACAAGUACCCACAGACGAUAACAGGCCUUGACCUUCGGUAGCAGAGAGGCAAGGGCCAUAUCAUCACAGGAACAUUCGACAUUAACACUAAAUGUUGAUUCUGCAAUCUUUGCAGGACCUCAUCUGGGAAGUCCCUCGAGUAGCUGUCUGAGGGAUAGCCACUAGAAGUGACAUUGGGCAGCAAUGUAAACACUACCUUUUUUUAUUCACUGUUGCCCAUGGGGACCAAAUAUAUUUCAAGUAAAGACUGCACACAUCCUAUGAUAUAAUUAUUCCAAAUAAUAUACUGGUGCCCAGGCUCAAGGGAUGGCAAACCCCCUUAAUACUUCCGAAUGCAGAGAGAGUAUUGUAAGGACAUGACAUUUUGGCUGAUAAGGACUUGACUUCAAAAAGGCUGUCCAUAUCAGCCGCAACAUUGUCAUGAUUUGCUUAUUCUAAUAAAACGUUUGCAGAAUGAUGGAAUCUGCUUUCCUGGACUCACUCUGCAUUUGGAAGUUGCUAUUGGAGAGACUUUCAGUUGGUAAACAGUCACUAAGAUAAGGAACAGAUACGUUAGUGACUAAUGACUGGUUAGUAACAUUUACUAACAACAUUGGAAACAAUCCAUAUAUAUCUCAAAUUUGGCUAAUCUUUAAAUAUUCACCCAAACGAUUUUUGUAAAUAUUUCAUGUCAAAAAUUUUGAGAUUGUUCCUUUGCUCCAGCAUUACUAAAAUUUGAUUUACUAAAAGAGAAGGCAGUGAAGAAAAAGAAAGAAUGACACAAAACAGGAGAUGGAUUAAUAUAGUUAGUGCAUUUAAGAUAUUUGGGUAGAUUUUACUGCUGCUGCUACAACUACUGCUCCUACUACUACUAUAGGUGGUAGGAGAAACUGAUUAAUCUUGAUUUUUCUGUUUUUAUCCACAGGACCCAUAAAUAUUACCAUAUCGAAAAAUGUGUCAUAUGAGCUCAUUAUUUCAGAAAAUCCAAAUGUGAAAAGUGGUGGACACUGGGAACCACACAAUUGUACUGCUCGACAAAAACUUGCCAUCAUAAUUCCUUUUCGCAAUCGUGAACCCCAUCUUAAAAUUUGGUUGUACUAUAUGCAUCCAUUCCUACAACGUCAGCAAGCAGUUUAUGCUGUAUAUGUGAUUGAACAGGUAAGACGCUAAUUGUGUCUGCUUUCUCUUAGCUGCUCAGGCCAAAUGACUGAAGAGUUUGGUGGGUUACCAGAAUAAGGAACUAAAUGAAACCAUACUUUGCUUUGAUAUGUUCGACAACUCCUUCUUUUUCUUGUGCUGCAUUUUGUUAAUAAUAUUUUUAUCAGUAAAAUAGUAUGUAUGGUGAAAUGGAAAAAUCAAUCAAUAUAUUGAUUAUUUCUUUGUGUAUCUGCCCCUGGCCAAAUCAAUGAAUCAAUGCAUGCACGCUCCCUGAAGUAAUUCACACCAGACACAGGUUCCAGGUUGUUGAAUUGAAUAACUUGAGGAAUGUUUAUUCAGAGGGGACGGCAGGUCCCUUUUAAAGCAAAAUUACAUCAUAAGCAUUGUCAGAGAUAACAUCAAAUAAUACAUCAAUAAUUGGUUAGGUGUUAAGUGGUCGCUCUAAUGCUCUGCCUACUGUAGGUGAUGUCACCGGGGGGAUAAGGGGGUCUCCCACGGUUUCCCGGCGCCAUCUUGCUGCACGAGGUAGUUAGUUGGUGUUAAGAAGGGAAGGGGGGGGAAGGAGGGGUUAGAAGCUUCUAGCAGCCAUUUUGAUUAAAACAUGUGUGCUUAGCUUUAUAUAUGAUAUGAGUAAAUAGACAUUUUCACUAACUAGGAAAUAUGUGCAGACCUUAUUUCCACAACAGUCCCCCCUAAAAUGGCUAUUUACCAUAACAACUGCUACUGUCCCUAAUAUGUCCCUAGCUGCCUGCAGCUCAUCUGUCUUAACAAGCAUCGAACACUUCACUCCGUGGGUAACCCGCAGCGGCUAGUCCACCACAUCUCCACACGUGAGACUCGCCUGCUAAGACAGACGCUUUCCCUACACUGUCCCUACAGGAAAGCAGUCGUCUGUUUGAACUGAUGUGAUUGAAGGGGUGUAUGUGGAGUGUCAUCUUCGAGGUCUGUGAUGUCCUGAUGUAGGAAAGUAGGGGUCACGUCAUCUAUAGUCUUAUCUACCGCUUUCUGUAAGUACUUCUGUAUGCAAGGGAGCAUGCAACAGGUUAAAAAUAAGAAGAUGAUAAUCAUUAUAAGAACAGCUGUCCCUACCUGGAAGAGGGUCCUUUGCCAACCAUUCAUCCACCCAAACCAUCUGUCCCAAGUGUCAGUGACUCCUGAAUUUUUCUUUAGUUCAUCUGAAAGACUAUCUAGCUUUUCUAUGGCCAUAGUCACCUUACCAUUUGGCCCAGUGUUGUCUGGAAUGUAUGUGCAACAUGUCAUAGUCUCAGGGAGGAUUUUACAUACUCCCCCUUUUUCAGCUAAAAUCAUAUCUAGGGCCAUUCUGUUCUGAAAUGUCAUUUGGGUAGUGGCUUGUAGCUGUUCUGCUAGGCCCUGUAGGGCAUCCCUUGUGUAGUUAACGAAGCGCUGCUGAUUAUAAUAGAUGUAGUUGAUCCAAUUGACAUUUUUGUUAGCAGUUAUCAUUGGAAUUAAGGAUUCAAAUCCUGCAGCCACUUCAUCUCUUGCUUUGAAUUCGUUAGGCACCCCCCUUGGCACACCUAUGGCAUCAAUAUACACAUGGGGGUCGAAGCUCCCUCGGAUAGGAGCCUCUCGUUUGGUUCUAGAGUGUACAUGUGUAAGGUUUAAUGUGUUAUGACUACCAUCUGGAAUAAUGUGGAUAGGCAUUAUGACUUUGGUUAGGGCACACUCCCCCCACCAUUGCCCAGCUAAUUGGGACCUCAAUUGUUUGUCACCACAUAACCAAUAGAUAUCACCGAUUGUCUUUGUGUGGUUCAUUAGCAGUGAUACUGGUGGAUUAUGGUAAAUUGAGCAGUAUCCUGAUGGGAAUUUGCCCAGAUACUAACCAGCGUUCUUAGGCAUUGUAUAACAUGUGUAAUUACCUGGGUAGACGGUGACUCCAUCAGGUGGUUUUACAUGUCCAUGAGUGAUUGGGUAAAUUCUCUUCCAUGAUUCACAUGUUGAGGAGUUUGUGGUGGAUUGUGCAUAAAGACUCAGAACACAUAAUUCUACUUCAGGAGGUAAGCUCAGAGGUACUGUGCCCAGAUGGGGCCUGGCUCCUCCACAUACAUAACAGUUAGUCUUAUUAUGUGAGUUGGCGUUAUACCUCAUCCAUUCUAGCCACAAAUUAGUGUCUGAAAACCCAGUCUCUACUGCCAUGGUAUCUUCAAAGGUGGGGUUGGCUAUAGCUACCAUGUCAUGUAGGGUCUUAAUAUGUGGUUUUAAUGGGUUAAUGAUCAUGUGAGUGGUCCCUACCCAGUCUGGGGAGGUGAGCAUGUCUUGUAGGUAAAAUGUCCCCAGUGCAUUAUGUGAGCCACCUCCCUUCCAGUACAUUCCCAUCACAUAUUCCCCUGCAUCCCUUGGGCUGGGGUGUUCUAUAUUCAGGGUAAGUUUAAUGGGAGUUGACCCUAUGGGUUUACUCAGAGUCAUCCUAGAAAGUAGGGGUUUCCCGUCUUUGUCAAGUCUGUCCAGUGCAACUUGAGGUUUGUAGCCCCAUGGUCUACCUGUAUUCCACCCGGCAGCUUUCCAUGAACUACAAUGGUGUCCCCAAACUCCUCCAGUCACACAAAUGUAUGGAUCCUUUUUGUUAGGUAUGUCUUUGUAUAUGGCUGCAUAUUGUGUUUGUGGAAAUGUACAAGUAACUAUGUCACAGUAAUCAAAGGUGUAUGUGGCUACAUCAGUAUUGGAAGAAUUGUACCAGAAAGUGUAAACGUGAUUAUCUUUGGUUAUGGCCACUUGUUGGGCCCAGGCAAAGUGUAGCAACAUAAGAAAACACAAGACACAUAAUAAAUUCAUAUUUCAACAGGAUCAGCCUCUUCUGGAGCAGGCACUUUUUUGCAAUGUGAUGCGUGUAUCCAAGAACUCUUCCCAGCUAGUUUAACUGAUGUUGCUGUAAUCAGGAGCACUUGAUAAGGACCAUCAAAUCUCGGUUCUAGGGUGUGUUUCCUGAGAAACUUCUUGACCAUAACCCAAUCACCCGGAAGCAGCUUGUGUGUACCUGUAUUCGACUCAGGAUCUGGAAUAGAAGAAAACACUUGGGCAUGUAUCUUGGUCAAGGCAUGUGAGAGGGCAGUCACAUAGUCUACCAUAGCAUCUGACUGAAUCUGAAGCUGUUGGGGAAAGUAGCAACCUAACCAGGGUGCUGUACCAAACAAAAUCUCAUAAGGUGACAAGCUAUAUUUUCCUCUGGGAGUGUACCUUACACUAAACAACGCUAGUGGGAGACUCUCGGGCCAGGGCAUGUUAGUUUCUUGUGACAUCUUAAGCAUUCUGGGUUUCAAAGUGCCAUUCAUGCGUUCUACCUUACCGCUACUCUGUGGGUGAUAUGGUGUGUGGAAUGCAAGGGUCACCCCCAGUGCUGACCAGACUUCCCGUGUUAGCGAGGCAGUGAAGGAGGUCCCUUGGUCACUUUCAAUUACUUCUGGAACUCCAUAGCGGCAAACAAUUUCUGUCAAAAGAUACUUGGCUGUAGUCCUCGCGGUGAGAUUAGUCACUGGGAAGGCCUCUGGCCAUCCUGAAAACAUGUCCACUAUGACCAAUGCAUAUUCAUAACGUCCAAUCUUUGGCAUCUGAAUGUGAUCAAUCUGGAUCCUCUCGAAGGGGUAUUGUGGUUUAGCUAGGUGAUUAGGUGCGGUCUUUAUAAUCUUUCCAGGCUUGCAUUUAGCACAUAUAGUACAAGAUUUACAGUAAUUCUGUGUUAAGGUAGUGAUGCCUGGUGCUUCAAAAUACUUGUCAAUCAAUGAGUUCAUCAGAUGUUUUGAUAGGUGGGCUGGCCCAUGGGCCCAUUGGACCACCGCUGGAUACAUAUUUCUGGGUAGGCAAAACUUGAGAUUGAUAGUGUAAACAUCAUCACGGAGUACAGCGCCUUUGUUCUUCCAACUUUGUUUCUCCUGGGGAGUAGCAGCAGCUUGUUGUUCCUUCAGAAGCCUAAGAUCUGUAGGCAGUGUUUGCAUAGUGUAGAUGGGUAAUGUAUCUGUGGCCACUCUUCUGUCCACUUCCCAUCCUUGCCGUGCUGCUUCCUUAGCUGCCUGAUCAGCUAAGUGGUUGCCACGUGCUUCUUCUGUGUCUAGUCUUCCGUGGGCUUUCACUUUCAGUACUGCCACCUCUGCUGGAAGUUCCAAUGCAUCCAUUAGUUCUGCAAUGGCUACCCCAUGUUUUACUGGGGUACCGGUAGCUGUAAGAAAUCCUCUGGUCUUCCAAAUUAAGCCAAAAUCAUGUGCUACUCCCAGGGCAUAUCUUGAAUCCAUGUAAAUAUUGACACGUAGACCUUCAGACAAUUUGCAGGCCACAGUCAGAGCUGUUAGCUCGGCUUCUUGAGCAGACUUAGUUGGUUGUAGGGCAGCUGCUUGUAAUACUUGACAUCCUGUGGUGACUGCAUAUCCAGUGUGAUAUUGUCCCUGUUCAUCAGCAAAUCUUGACCCAUCCACAAAUAGUGUUUGGUCCGGGUUGAGUAAUGCAGCUUCAUAGACAGUUGGUAGGUGUGUAGUUUCCAUUUUCAUUUGUUCAAAACAAUCAUGAGGAAUAUCUAGGUCACAGUCUGUGGUGAGUGGGUCUUCACGGGCUUCUGUGUGGUACCUUGGGUACCCUGCUGUACAGUAAUUAAUAGUCUUUUUGUUGAUCCCCGUAGAAGUCAGUUGUUCUUGGUUCAUUUGGCUCCAGGUUUUGGCCAUCGGGCCUAGGUCUUUCCAUGAGGUGUCCGGGGAUCUGGUGAGAGAUAUGUGUGGGAUGGCUGUUUCCCAAUGAUGAUAGAGAUGUGUUACAUUCUCUGGAAGAUGGACUAAGAUGAGCAUGGUACCUGUGGGGUCCCAGAAUAAGUCAGUCAGGGUAAUUUGAAUUUCUUUGAGCUGGAAUAGUUCUUCCUCAUAGUUCAUAUCAGGGCCUGGUACGUCCUUAAACCACAAGGUACAGUGAAGUAGGGCCUCUGAUUGUUCAUCAUGUGGGGGUGCACGUGCAGGCAGCUGCAAAUCUGCUCGAACCUCUGGGUUGAUAUCCAGGCUAUACCAGUAAUGCACAACUCCCCCCUUGGGAAGUGGCAGAAGAGUGGCUGGGUUCAGGGAAAGACAUCUCUGGAGUUUCACAUUGUCAGGUAGAAGUAAGGAGGUUUGUAGACGGAGGUGACGUUGGGAGGAAAGGUGUUUAGGUUGAACUUGUUGCAGGAUUGCAGUAAUGUCAUGAGGGGCCAACACUGUGAGGUGAUGGCCAAGAACAAAAUCAUUGGUCUUGUCUAGGAGGGCGCUGGCGGCAAACACCGCUCUGAGGCAAGAGGGGCUACCCCUCGCAACAGGGUCAAGCAUGCAGGAAAAAUAGCCAAUAGGUCGUUGCCUUGACCCAUGUUUCUGGGUAAGGACUCCGGAAGCAUGUCCUGACUUUUCAGAGACAAACAAAUUGAAAGGAAGUUGGUAGUUGGGUAGGCCCAAGGCAGGUGCAGAAGCAAUACAAAUUAUAAUACACCAUGGCCUGCUCUGUUCCUUUAACUUAUCUGCUGAGUGCUGGUGGAGAGUUAUAAAAAAUAGCCCUCCUACCCCCAACUCACAAAAUUAUAAAUUAUCCCAUUCACUAUAUGGCCAAACAAAGAUGAUGUCCAAAUUCCUACUCCUUAUGUUACUUGCCCUUGCAAAUGAUGUGGAGUCUAACCCUGGUCCCCCAGCUAAUUCUAGUCCUAAUGUCCCCACUAAAAAAGGCCUCUCUUUUGUGCACUGCAACAUCCGUAGUUUACUCCCUAAACUGGAUGCACUGCAAGCCUGGUGUUCCCAUUACAAACCAAAAAUCAUUGUGCUCUCAGAAUCAUGGUUAACGGCUAAAAUACCAGACACCGCCAUUGCAAUACAGGGUUAUUCAUGUUUUAGAAAUGACAGAGCAAAGAGAGGAGGAGGCAUUGUUAUUUAUGUUGACAAUUCCAUAAAGUUUACAAAACCUUAGUCCUCCUGCCAUCUUUGAUUUCCUUUCUGUCAAAAUUGAGAUCCCUUGCAGUAAAUCAAUCAUUGUUGCAGGAAUCUACCGCCCACCUAGCUCCCCUGUGCAUUCCCUAUCUGACAUAGCCCAUCUCCUUAGUGAAACCAUAGCUCAAAACCCAAAAAGUGAACUGUUGGUCUUCGGAGAUUUUAAUAUUGAUUGGCUGAACCCUAAAAAUAAUAGUUCUUGCACGCUGUUUAAGACUUUGCAGCUAACGCAAUUAAUCUCCUCCCCAACUCGCAUAAACAUAAAAAGCCAUAACCAUACCCUGCUAGAUUGGAUUCUCUCCACUUCUCCUGAUAAAAUCCAGGAGGCUGGUGUUCUCCCAAACACGUUCAGUGAUCACUGUUUAGUGUACUGCGUGCGCAAAAUAAAGGCUAUUAAAUCCUCUCCCAAGGUUAAAAUAACGAGGUCCUUCAAAAGAUUUAAUCUUGAAUCCUUUUUAAAUGACAUCAAGAAUCUCCCAUGGCACAGAUUAAACAUUAUCCCAGAUCUAGACUGUGCUGUUGAAUACUUUCAGUCUGAACUCCUACAAAUUUGGAAUUUGCAUGCCCCGCUGCAUAAGGUGAGGGUAAAAGGAGCGCAUAUGAACUGGAUCACAGCUGACCUCAUCCAAAUGUACCAGUUUAGGGAUUCUUUGUGGUCAAAAUUUAAGCGUACUGGCUCUAUGAAUGAUCACAGUGCAUAUAGACAAUGGCGAAAUAUAUGCACAAAACAGACAAAACUGGCCAAGGCCCAAUAUUUCUAUGAAAAUCUGAACAGUAACAUCUCAAACCCUAGAAACUUUUGGAAAGUCAUAAAUAAACUACAAACUCCCCCGAUCCACUCCCAACCCUCCACUGUCAAAGUGGGUAACCAAACCCUGCAACUUCCCUUAGAUGUAGCAAAUGCCUUUAACAAUUAUUUUGUCGGAUGCUCUACUGCCCUGAUUGCCAAGCUAAUAAAUGACACGCAUCCUGAAACUACAAAUGUGGAUCAGGCCCACUAAAUUUGCAAAGGCCCAAUAUAGAUAAGUUUAAUUUUAGACCUGUACCUGUUAGUGUCAUUAAAAAACAUCUUAAUAAUCUAAAAAUGAAAAACCAGUCCGGACCUGAUCAAAUCCCAGCAAUGCUGUUGAAGCUCAGUGCGCCGGCAAUUGCUAAACCCGUCUCAACUCUAAUUAACGAAUCAUUGGUGUCUGGAUACAUACCCAAACUUUGGAAGACUGCGAGAGUAGUGCCUAUCCAUAAAAGUGGUGACACUACUUUGGUUUCUAACUAUCGCCCAAUAUCAUUGCUCCCUGUAUUGUCAAAAAUCUUAGAAAAAUGUGUCCAUACGCAACUUUGUGAGUACUACCAACAAUUAAACUAUCUGACCCCUGAUCAAUCGGGCUUUCGCCAGAAUCACUCCACUACAACUGCCCUCCUAAAAGUUUGCAAUGACAUCCAAACUGGCAUGGAACAAGGAGCCCUAACUGGAGUUAUUUUCCUUGAUUUUGCUAAGGCCUUUGACACAGUAGACCACGACAUUCUACUGCACAAACUCGAAAACUCAGGUAUUGGUGAUCAUUCUUUAAACUGGUUUUGAUCGUAUGUAUCGGAUCGCUCGCAAUAUGUGUCCAUUUCUGACAGUGACUCCCUCCCUCUCCCAGUCACGUGUGGUGUUCCCCAGGGUUCCAUUCUCUAUUUACAUUAUUUAUAAAUGAUCUGCCUAAUGUCUGCCAAUCCUCAAAUGUACACAUGUACGCAGACGACACGGUAAUCUAUGCGAGCAAAUCCAAUCUACCUCAACUUGAGGUUUUGCUCCAAGACCAGUUUACAGAGGUAGAAAAGUGGAUCGCAAAAAACAAACUCUUCCUGAACACUGACAAAACUGUCACAAUGAUCUUUGGAACGGUACCUAAAUUACACAAAUUACACAAUCCCCACCUAUCCAUCAAAACAAAUUCAAAUGGCACACUGACCGCGGUCCACUCUUUCAAAUACUUGGGUAUGAUGUUAGACCCCAAUCUAUCUUUUGGCCUGCACAUAGAAAAGAUUGCAUCUAAACUUUAUCCAAAAUUAGGUGCCCUGUACAGAAACAAAGCCUGCCUAAGCCCUACAGUAAAGGAAAAGAUUGUACAGCAAAUGCUGAUGCCAAUCAUUGAUUAUGGGGAUGUAGUAUAUGCGUCUGCAUCGCAAUCCCACAUUAAUAAACUCAACACAUUGUAUAACUCGUUCUGCAGAUUUGUGCUACAAUGUAAUUACAGGACCCAUCAUUGUGACAUGCUAAAGGAACUAAACUGGCUGUCGCUGGAAUCCAGACGCACCCUUCAUCUUUCCAGCCUUGUUUUUAAGAGCUUUUCUGGUAAACUCACACCCUACCUGAACAAAAUGCUUUCCCCAGCUGUUCCCACUUUCUAUAACCUCCGAUCCAGUACAAGCACUUUACUUAGUCUACCUCAAUACAAAAAGAAAGCGGCCCGAUCCUCCUUCUCCUACAGAGCACCGCAAUUGUGGAACGACCUCCCGCACAAUUUAAAAUCUUCCCUAAGCCUAAAGUCUUUUAAGAGAUCCCUCUCUACAUACCUCAAAACAGAAUGCACGUGUCAUGGUUGAUUAUAUAUUUCCUGCCUGUUCUAUGUUAAAUUUUGUAUAUAUUGUGUAUUAAUAUUGUUUUUGUAUUUUGUUGUACCUAAUGUAACAAUGCAAUGAUUUGUGGACCCAGGACAUACUUGAAAACGAGAGAAAUCUCAAUGUAUCUUUCCUGGUAAAAUAUUUUAUAAAUAAAUAAAUAAAUAAAUAAAUAAUAGCUCUUUUCAGAUUGUGGAAACAGGUGAUAGUUUCUUCAGUGAGGUGAAAGGGCUCACUCCUGAGGGCAUCAUAGAGUGGCUGCAUGAGCUUUGAUGCUUCGGGUAUCCAGGACCUGCAGUAUGUGAUAAGACCCAAAAAGGCAUGAAGAGUCUGAUGUGUCGCAGGUAAAGGGAGUUGCAGAAUAGCUUGCACACGUUGAGAAGUUAGAUGUUUGGUGCCAUGGGAAAGGCAAUGUCCCAAGAAGACCACAGAAGGCCGGCACCAUUGUAGCUUUGAUUUUGAAGCUUUGCAACCGGCUGCAGCGAGGAAACAUAGGAGAUCUUCUGAGUCACGCUCUGCAAUGGGCAAAUCAGGAGCACAGAGAAGGAGAUCAUCAACAUAUUGAAGCAGGACAACAUCCAAAUGAGAUUUCUGCCAGGGAUCCAGAACCAGAGACAUGGCAUGAGCAAACUGUGUGGGGGAAUUCUGAGCCCCCUGAGGCAUAACUGUCCAGGUAUAUUGUUGUCCUUCAUGGGUGAAGGCGAAGAGAAAGCGGCAGGAAGGGUCAAGGGGCACACUGAAAAAGGCAUUAGCUAGAUCCACUACAGUGAAUAUUGUGGAAGUUGGUGGGACUUGGGACAAGAGGGUGUGUGGGUUUGGAACAAUAGCAGUGUCUUUUAUGGUUACUUCAUUAACAGCACGGAGGUCCUGCACCAUUCGGUACUGGUCGGGUUGACCCUUAACAGUUCGCUUUUUAACAGGGAAAAGUGGUGUGUUACAUGGAGAUGUGCACUUGAUAAGGGCACCUUUGGCAAGUAGGCUUUCAACUUGUUUAGUGAUGGCUUCAGCUUGUGCUGGCUUCAGAGGAUACUGUGGUCUACGAGGAGGUAGUGCUCCAGGCAGGAGCUGGACCAAGACUGGGGGUACAUGCAAGCGCCCAAUAUCAUCCGGGCCGGUGGACCAAAGUUCUUGGGGGAUACGAUCCAGAGCACUGGGGGUGUGUGAGACCCGUGCAUUCCCUGUAUUGUCAGUUAGGUUCAACAAGAUGGGGAGUGAACAGAGGACAGAGGUGUCUUUUUGUGAUAAGGGGGUUGUCAACUCAACUUGACCAUCUGCAGUAAAGGUAAUAGAUGCCUGGAGCCAAGAGAGAACAUCAGCACCUAGGAGGUUAAUGGGGCAAGUAGAGGAAACAACAAACUGGGAGAGGAUGUGUGAUCCUACAUGUAGGAGCUUAGUAAGGGGGUUACUGCGUGGUGUACCAUCCACCCCAACACAGGAGACAUCGGUGUCAGAUAAGAAGGAAGGAUCUGGCAGGUCUUGUUCCCUGAGGACACUACGGGCUGCACCUGUGUCAACUAGAAAGGUGGUUGGAUGACCCUCCACGGGGAGAACUACAGUAGCUAAAGGCCCUCCCCCAUCCCCCGCAGACACUGCCAUGGCAGGGGUUGCUGACACAGGCUUGCCAGUUACCUAUUGUAAUAAAUCUAGAUGGGCCUGGUCUGGUCCCUGGUACCGGCGGGAAGUGGAAGGAGGGUUACUAGAAUGCAUGGGAGGACGGGAUGGACGGUUAGCGUGGCGGGGCUGUGGCUGACUGUCUUGGAAAUCAUCGUUGUCAUACCCUUCAGCGGAGGGCGAAGUGUAUGCACGAGCUUCUGAUGCAGGGAGCCGGGCUUGGGUGUAUUCAGGAGGAGGAGGAGGAGGAGGUGGAGUAAGUUGAGGCAACUGUGGAUGGGGCAGGGCAGGGAGGUAACCAGUGGAGGGGAAGUUAUAGCUGGUGACAUGGGGACUUGGAUACCGGGGAGUCUGUUGGCGGAUCACUCUAGGGUGUGGGCAAUCUCUUCUAAAGUGACCUGGCUGAUUACAAUUAAAACAGGUCCGGAUUGUCGUGAUAGUCCGGUCCCGGGAGAAGGGAAUUGGUGCAGGCAGUGUCUGGGGUGACUGAGUGUACUGUUGGGGGAGUAACUGAGGAACUUGGUUAGAACCUGCAAUUGGUGUGGAGGUAGUGUACAUCAGAGGACUAGUUCUUCGCUGUGUGGGUUGCAAAACAGAUUCUAAGCCUUUGGCUACCAGCAAAAGAGUGUCUAGUGGAAUAAUUCUGUACUCUGGGCGAGCCAAAAUUAACCCCUUAUGAAUGUGUUCCCUAAGGCCUGCCACAAAAGCUGCAGAUAGCAUCUGGGUGUGUGCUUUGUUAUAGGUGCUGAACCCUAAGUCUGAGAAAGUCUGAGUCAACCUAGAGUGAUACUUUUCAACUGUCUCAAGUUUAUCCUGAAUUAUGUCAUUUAUGCAAGUAGCCUGAUCAGCUAGUUUAUCCUGUGCCCAGGCUCGGAGCUGUUCACAGAAAAUUUCACCAGAACGAAAAUCAGUAUCAGAAGUAAGUGGAGCGUCGUUAAAGCUCCGUUCCAUGAUUGGCCAGUAUGCAUCUCCAGCCUUUAUUUCACACAAACUAAUCCCGCCAAGCAGCGGAGUAUAUUUUACGGAUCUGGGCCAUCCUGCGGAAAAAGGGCAUGGGGUGUUUCUCAGGAUCAGGGAGUGAGGUUACAAGGGUAGCAGCUUGGGAAGGGUUGAAGGUGCACCAUCCGCUCCAUGGUUAAUCUGGGUAUAACCCUGGGGGAUAGAGUGCCGUUGGGGGAGCCUGUUCCCCCCUAGGCGAGGUGAACCCUGGUCCACCACAACGACCUCCUCGGGUGCCACCGGGCCACGAUGAAGGGUAGUCUCAGGAGUAGCUGUGGCGGGGGCGGCAGGGAGGCCGGUGAUGGGAGAGGUAGUUGGGUGGAAACCUGAGGCCUGGGGGGAAGCACCCAUUGCAUAGGGUUGGUCCGAUGUCACAGACACCUCGGACCCAACCACCAUGAUUGGAUAACUAGGACUGGCGGAAGAGGAAUCAAUGCCGUGGAAGGGGCUGCUAUGGGGGCCGGUUGAGAUGGGCGUGAGAGGUGAGUGUUUAGGACAUGAGCAAGAGCAGAGAUUGGAUCGGAAGGCUCGGGGAUGUUAGCGGGAGACAAGGAAGGGGUCGGAGGUUCGGGGGGAGGAGGUGGAGGAGGGGGUGGUAAAUCAGUGGGAGGCGGCACAUGGAUCGCGGAAUUAACCAGGGAGGUAACAGCAGAGAAGAGGGCGGAUAUCGAGCUAGACAGGUCAUUGGCCAUGGAUGGGUCAGGGGUCACCGGGGAGGGGUCGGAAGGAUAGGAACAGGGGGCUGUGUCGUAACAACGUGGGUGGAGGGUUGGGAUGGCAAACCAGUCGGGGGAGGAGGAGGCAACGAGGUAGAGGGGGCUGGGACUUCGGGAUGAGGUAACACUGGAGAAGGGGUUGGAGGGGUGGUAACAGGGGGUUGGGUCAGGGCGGUGAGGGCAGAGAUUAGAGAUUAGGGAUCGGCCGUGGGAGGGAGGGGGGGAGGAGGAGGCAACGAGGUAGAGGGGGCCGGGACUUCGGGAGGAGGUAACACUGGAGAAGGGGAUGGAGAGGUGGUAACAGGGGGUUGGGUCAGGGCGGUGAGGGCAGAGAUUAGGGACGGCAAAUCGGCCGGGGGAGGAGGAGGCAACGAGGUAGAGGGGGCCGGGACUUCGGGAGGAGGUAACAAUGUGUGGAUAGCGGGAGGGUCCUGGAGGAUGGGAGGGGUGUCUGGGAGUGUUGAGAGUGAAGCAGAAAGGGCGGCUACUAUUGUUGCAAGAUUAACGGGGGGGGAGGAGGCAGAGGGAGGGCCAACUGUGGUGGUACAUAAGGGAGCAGAGGCAAGGGGACCGGGAUCAACGGGCUGGACAAUAUUCAUGAGAGUGGAGAGUAGGGAUGAGGGAUCCUUGGAGGAGGAAGGCGAAGGGGAAUGAGAAGGAGAGAAGGGCAGAGAGGGUGAAGGGGUAGGGGUCACGGGACAGGUCACUUUCGAAAGGUUAGCGAGGAAAGGUCUAGGUCCAGGGGUAUGGGAGAAGGAGGGUCCGUGGGGGGAAAGGGGUCCGGAGGAACGGGGUUGGUGGAAUGGGCAAGGGUCGGGGGAGUUGAGUGUGUAAUAGUCGAGGGGGGUGAGGGAGUGGGUGUUGCUAGGGAUGGGGUACUCGAGGUGGAGAGGGAAUGAGAGGAGGAAGAGGAGGGAACUUCGGUGGGUGAGGCGGGAGUAGUUAGGACGGGAUCUUGACGAGGAUUCAGAGUGAGAACAGGCACUGGGAGAGGUAGCGGAGGACAUGGAGGUGGGGGUACUUCAACAGACAUGACGGGAGAAUGGUUGAUGGAGGGGGCUGGGUCAUAGGAGGGUUGGUGCAUGGGAGUGGGUGGGAACGAGUGAAGUGGCACUGGGUAGUAGUAAGCACCAUCCGCACCGAGUACGGGGCACAGGGGGGUGGGAGCUGAAGGCACACCCCCGGGGGGUGGGGUCUGUGCUGUGACGGGGGAAGCAGGGCGGGAAUUUACUGUUGCGCUCUGGGCGCCAUCAUAAGGCGGUGGCCGCGGGACAAUGGAAACAACAUCAUCAUUGUUAACACUCCUAUGGUAAACAUACACGAUUUGCCCCUCAAACUCCAACUCUUCCUCGACCCAUCCUUCCCGUUUCAGACCUCUAGCUACCCGAUACCAAGCCUCUGCAACCUUUGUGAGUCCAUUAUCCAACAACAACCCUUCCUUGUCUAUGAGUAACUUCCUCCAAAACUCAGGCUGCAAUCUCCCACGGGGCGACAUCUGGAAGCCACACACCUUAGCAAUCUUUCUAAGUUUCAACAUUGCAUCUUCCCCUGCCCUUUCUUUCACAAUGUCACAAGCCAGCAAGCCCUUAGCAGGUCUAGCAUGUUCCUGCCCCAUCUUGAGUAAUCGAAGCGAGCCACGUGCUAAAGACAGAUAAAUAGAGGAGGUACAAGGGAGAAGGAAAAAGAAUGUCUACAGUGCUCGACUGCCACGAGGACUUGAGCCCCGUGCAUCUUCCCCAAACGUAGACCAGUCACGGAGAUCCGCCCACCCGGGGUGGUGGUCACGGACGGGAGCGAGUGAGCGUGGGUGACUAACACAGCUCUGGGCAACAGGCACAGGAGAGAUAAAGAACAAAGGAGAAAAUGAACGUGGCUGCGCUAAUGAGAAGACAUUUGCAAAAAUCACAAACAUAUAAAUGAGCGUAAACUCCGGAAUCCAGAACUAACCACACAAUACACACACACACACCAAGGGUACCCACACUGUAACAACAAUUAAACAAAAACCACAGAAUGAUAGAGAGUAAAAUGGCCAUGUACAUGUUAACACAACUGGUGCCAAAUAUUCAAAGUAUAGCAAUCCCCAGCCGUCACCCACCAGGCUGGUCCCGGUAUAACACAGGUACCAAUAAAAACACUGCAAUAAUCAAACAAAAUCCCAGCCCCACCGGCUGUAAUGCGUUCCCUGCCCGCUAGGCAGUCAAGCUAACAUAAAAUCCAAGCCCCACCGGCUGUAAUGCGUUCCCUGCCCGCUAGGCAGUCAAGCUAACAUAAAAUCCCAGCCCCACCGGCUGUAAUGCGUUCCCUGCCCGCUAGGCAGUCAAGCUAACAUAAAAUCCCAGCCCCACCGGCUGUAAUGCGUUCCCUGCCCGCUAGGCAGUCAAGCUAACAUAAAUCCCAGCCCCACCGGCUGUAAUGCGUUCCCUGCCCGCUAGGCAGUCAAGCUAACAUAUAAAAUGCGUUCCCUGCCCGCUAGGCAGUCAAGCUAACAUAUAAAAUGCGUUCCCUGCCCGCUAGGCAGUCAAGCUAACAUAUAAAAUGCGUUCCCUGCCCGCUAGGCAGUCAAGCUAACAUAUAAAAUGCGUUCCCUGCCCGCUAGGCAGUCAAGCUAACUAACAUCUUUUAAAAGAAGGAAAAACACACACACACAUAUAAAUGAAUACAGGAGGCAGAUAGACAAUCGACAGGUUCACUUUAAAAAGGCACACCGGAUGAGUUAGUUACCUGUCUCUAGUAGCCUUCUGGAAGCCGGAAGUGGACUCGGAGACAGACCGACACAAAACAGGAGAAUAACACAGGCAACGGCUGUAUUAUGGAGGUGAUCAGGCUCCGCUUGUCCCACUUUCCGGAGGUCCGCUCCGGUCCGUUGGUUCCGGCCCUCCGAACCGGCCCUCCGGUGGCCCCACGUUGGGCGCCAAUUGAAAUGGAAAAAUCAAUCAAUAUAUUGAUUAUUUCUUUGUGUAUCUGCCCCUGGCCAAAUCAAUGAAACAAUGCGUGCACGCUCCCUGAAGUAAUUCACACCAGACACAGGUUCCAGGUUGUUGAAUAACUUGAGGAAUGUUUAUUCAGAGGGGACGGCAGGUCCCUUUUAAAGCAAAAUUACAUCAUAAGCAUUGUCAGAGAUAACAUGGAAUAAUACAUCAAUAAUUGGUUAGGUGUUAAGUGGUCGCUCUAAUGCUCUGCCUACUGUAGGUGAUGUCACCGGGGCCAUGAGGGUCUCCCACGGUUUCCCGGCGCCAUCUUGCUGCACGAGGUAGUUAGUUGGUGUUAAGAAGGGAAGGGGGGGGAAGGAGGGGUUAAAAGCAUCUAGCAGCCAUUUUGAUUAACACAUGUGUGCUUAGCUUUAUAUAUGAUAUGAGUAAAUAGACAUUUUCACUAACUAGGAAAUAUGUGCAGACCUUAUUUCCACAACAUAUGGUACUUGUAAUUUAUUUUCUUAAAUAUUGUAAAUGCCUUACGGAUGCAUUUUAUAUUUGGCAAAACGUACUAGUUACUGCGUGCAGGUGUUUCAGCCUCACUCAUUGCUAACAGGGGCAAACUAUUCAGUGUGUAGUCAUGAAAUGUCCAUUAAUAAACAUUUGUAGUACGGUAGAUCGUAUUAAAGAUCUCAGAGACCUUAAACACAGUACUGUCAUAAGAGGUCACCUUUUCCACAAGCCUAGCCCAUUAAAUUUCUGCCCUGCUAGAUCUUUAUCAGUCAACUGUAAGCUCUGUUGUAACGUUGAACAUAAAUGGCCCAAUCUCAAAGUAGUAGACUAUGCUUGCAGAACAGGGAGUGCGAAAGCCUAUAUAGAAAAAAAGAUUGCUAAUUUCUGUUGCGCCACUCAUUAUAGAGUUCCAAACUGCUUCUGCAAACAACAAAAAAACUACAACAAAAGAACUGUGUUUCUGGAGCGUCAGGAAAUAGGUUUUCAUAGCUGUACACUAGACUGACAUCAUCAUUCAUAAUGACAAGCAUCGACUGGAAUGGUGUAAAAUAUGCCACCAUUGCCAUUUAAAAUAGUGGAAAUGUUCUCUGGCAUAUAUCUGUUUCAUUAUCUGACGUUCUGAUGGAAGAAUCUGGGUAUGGCAGUUGCCAAGAAAAGUCUACCGACCAGAAUGAAUGAUGCCCACUGUCGAGUGUGGUGGAGAAGGGAUAAUGGUCUUGGACUGUUUUUCAGGGUUUGGGCUAGACCCUAAGUUUCAGUGAAGGUCAUCAUAUUUGUUUUUCUAUUAUUAUUUUUUUUUUUUAGCUAAAUGUGUAGGGAAACAUUAUUAAUGAUAACUACUGUGCUAAAUACAUUUAUAUAAAUGUAUUUUUAGUAUUUCCAAAUAUUACACCCAACAAACAUAUACUUUUUCAGUCAUUAAUCAGCAAUAAUUAUAUUUUUUUUUUUCAUACUAGUCUAAGAUAUUGUCAGUUGCCCUCAUGUGGCUGAAAUUCAAAUUGCAGGUUACAGGAGUAAAAUUGCAUUCACCUAAUAUUUCAUUUGCAUAUACCAAAUUUUAAGGUCAGGUUCAUUUUCCUCCCCAAUUUUUUAACUAUCAAUGAUUUGAAUGCCAAAAGAAUAUGAAUAACCAGGUUUCUAUUCGACAGGGGUAUUUCCUUUAUUCCCAUAUGGAGAAGAGCCAUGUCUAUAUCCAUAUGAAGUUUCAUCCCUAAAAAGGAUGAAAUUAUGGAGAAAAUAUUUUCCCGUUUGGCUUUAAUUUUAGUGCAAUUCCUCCAUAUAUGAGUAUAUGAAUCCUCCUCCUUUUCCUAAUGUUAUCCUCUGCUGUUCUUCCCUGUAUAAAACCUGAUUCAUCCUUAUGAAUCAGUUUAUAAAUGACUUAUUUUAAUCUAUCCACAAGGAUCGAUGAGUAGAUCUAUACAUUGACAUUAAUUAGGAAAUUUGUCUAUAGUUUUCUUAUCUGAGUAUUGUCCUUUUCUUGUUUCAAUAUUGGUGUAAUAUUUCCUUUUGUUAUUUCGCUUGGUAUUUCUUUUUCGUGUACAAUUUCAUUAAAAAGGUUCUAAUAAAUGCAGCGUUAAUUCUUCAUGAAAUAUUUUAUAAAAAUUGUUUGGAAAACCAUCAGGCCCAGUGGCUUUAUUUAGUUUUAAUUAAUGUAUAGCCUGAUUUAGGGGUAUACCUAGAGCAUUUUGCACCCGGGGCAGAUCCUGUGUGUGCCCCCCCCCCCCGCUUCCAAAUGUAAAAAACACUUGCACAUUUUUCAAAAUGUUUUUCUUUUUUAUAAUGUACUGCACAAAUUUGUAAACAUUGUCAAACCUUUCUGUUUGCUCUUACAAAACCCCUUUCCUGCCCCCCUUCUACAAAAUCCCUGCACCCCUACACACACACAGUUACAGGCAGACAGUCACACACACACAUAGUCACAUGCAGAUAGUCACAUAUACAGUCACACACACAGUCUCAGGCAGACCGUCACACACACAUAGUCACAUAUACAGUCACAGACAGACAGUCACAUAUACAGUCAAAAGCAGACAGUCACAGGCAGUCACACACACACACAGUUACAGACAGACAGUCACACACACAGUUACAGGUAGUCUCACACACACACACACACACAGUUCAAGGAAGACAGUCAGACACACACACACACACACACACACAGUGACAGACAGACACACACACACACACACACAGUUACAGGCAGUCACACAAGCACUCACAUGCAGACAAUCACACACACACACACACACACACUGUCUCUCUUAUUUACUUACAGACAGUAUUGGCUGGAGGAGAAGUGGGUUCUCUGAGGUCCCUCCCCGAAGUCUGUUAAUUGGGGAAACAGGGACUCUGCUUCACCUCCAUGUGCAGCAGUAAUAGCAGCAGAUGCGGCCCGUGUAAAGCUCCGCCCCUGCCCCAAAUUGGCUCUGCCCAAGCCGCCGAAUUGGCUCUGCCCCAGCCGCCGUAUUGGCUCCGCCCCACUUUACUUCCGUGCGGACGGUUUUGAAGUGGCUGCAUUGCUGGUCUCUGCUUGUGUGAGCUGUGUUGGCUGCCCGGCGCCCCAUAUGCCAACCUGUGCCGCCACACAGCUCACACAUGUUUGGACCUGGUCAUGACACCCCCUACCUGGUGGCACCCUGGCGGACCGCCCCCCCCUCGCCCCACUCUUAGUACGCCACUUGCCUGAUUAUUUUCUUGGAGAGAGAUAGGAGCAUUUGACAUUAGGUUGUCUCUCUCAUCUAAUUUCAUCAGGUUUAGGAUACUAAAAUAUUUUAGACAAUUUGGAGCCUUCAACUUUAUGGCAACAUUUUUGGGAAAGUCUAUUCUUGUUACAGCAUUUAAAUCUAUAUUUCUACAUAUGUUUUAGAAUUGGAUAUAAAACAUGUGAGAAUGUAAGACUUGUGCAGAGCGAAAAAUGUUGGUUAUUCUGAAACACUUUGUUAAUGAAUAAAAUUCGGGGAAAGCAAUUCGGGCAGCCAAAACAGUAAAAAUGUUCUUACAUACAAAAACAGCUACAAUAUUUCCUGGCCUAAUGGCCCCACAAUAACAGUUGUUUUUGCAACGUGUACACAAACUUGGAUUAUAUAUCUGGCAUAACAAAAAUAUGAAAUUAGAGAACUUUUUAUAAUGAUUAAUGAUGAAGAAUCCUUAAGCUAUCUUUUAUUAUGAAGAAUGGGAAGGAGGGCUUAGUUUAAGUUUGAAAAAUUUGAUUUUUUUCAAAAAUGAAAGGAAAAUGUCAGUGGGCAAUUGACCACCCCUUUCACCCUGACAAUUACAAAGCAUUCCCACACUUUCAGUAUGUAUUGCCAGUGGCCAUCCUGUGUGGGAAAUAAACAGUCCCUAUUAGCUUAUUAGCUGUGGAGGGAACAGGCACCGCAAGACUAAAUAGGAUGUGCCUUUUUUUCAGAUGGGAUGUGUUGUGAUGCAAGUAUGGCAUGGAGGGCGUUCAUUCUCCUCCCUAUAAGUAGAUUGCUCUCCCACUCAGUGUUAAUGUGUUCCUUGUUAACACAAGUUGUCCUCUUUUGCUCCUGCUUUAUAUAUGUAUUGUCUACCAGGCAUUUGACUUUUGCCCUGAUUUCUGUGCUGCCCACUUGCUACCCUGACUAUGCCUUUGUCUCAUCCUUGCCUCAAUUUCCACUCAGCUUUCUAACACAUACUAGGUUCUGUCUACUAAAUCCUUGACACCACCAGUACCACCACCACAAACACAUUUUUAAAUUUUUUUUUUUUUUUAAACAAGGCAUUAGAAAAAGACUGGUAUAUCACUGAAAGAAGAAACUUAAAAUCUCCAAAGCGCAAGCAGUGGCACAGAAGCACACUGCAAAUUAAAUAAUUUGUCUCUUUUCAUUUUUAAUUCACCAGAUGAUGGACUGUUUCUGUCCAAUCUGUCUCUGUCAACUACUGGGACAAUCCUCACCAUUCUCCCUGCUCUGCUGAAGGGUAGCAGUAGUAGGCUAUGACAACUGCACAGAAUCAGAUACAGAACCAGUGGACCUGCUUCCUGCUCUAGUACUUUCAUGCUAUGAUUCUUCAGUAAUACAGACUUGUGGUAUCUUUGUAGAUGUUGCUUCAUACAAGCACUAGUGAUAUGGCUCUUCACUCAUACCUACUCACCUUAUUGCCGCACAACUUACACUUUGCAAGUCGGCCUUUUUGGAUGCCCUCAAUGUGAGUCCAGACUUUGCUAUGUUAGUGUGAUACAUUAUCCCCCACUCUUUGCCUUGUGAGUGGAAACUGUCGCAACAACACUAGCCUGUACACUAGCACUUGAUUGUGUCCCUAGUGUCUCAGGGUCCCCAUGUUCCCCAGUGUCCCUAUGUCUCCCAGUGUCCCCAAGUCUCUCAGGCUCGGAGCUGCUGUCUGGACUUUCUCUGCAGAGCUGCUCCCCCGUGGAUCAGUGAGUAGAGAGAGGCAGUGAGGGAGAUGCUGUAACUUCUUAUCCCUGCCUCUGUCCACACAAACUGCGACUCCUACUGGCCGGUGCUCGUAUUGCAGAAUAAUCUUUGUUUAUACUGAGACAGACAUUUGUAUUGCCGGUAUUACUGCAAUACCGGCACCGGCUAGGCAGCCUCAAAUACCUGAGAAAUACUUCUGAAAUAUACCUGGCAACCAUAAGAAAUACAUGAGAAAUACCUGGCAACCCUAAGAGUAGUGUGUAUGUUUUUUUUUUUUUUUUAAAUCAAUGGCCCUAUUCCAUGGGCCUGGGCCUGGAGCUGCAGAUCCCUAUGUUAAUCCGGCCCUGGUUGCAGCUAAUGUCACAAAUGUUUCUGUUUCUGAAUGAGGUGAUUCUAAAGCAGAUACAGAAGGACUUGGAGAUCAUGAAAGAUGUAAGAGGCAGGUGCACACUAGUUCUUGGAGAAAAUUAUGAGCUGCAGCCUGUCCUCUCGACACUUCACUCUUCUAAUUCUUCUGGCUCAUCAUACUCCUAGUCGAGUAGUUCCUGGGCCAGAGGUAAAAGUGCUAUAUCUGCAGUGGUGUGGAAAACAGAAUUCUUAUCCCUGGAGUCAUCACCGCCACCAACAAGAAGACUUUGGGGAUACUACUUUAGUAUUCUGCACUAAUCUGCAUGAAAGAGUGGCUCUGAUGACCACCAUAAAGCUGAAUUUUAGCUACUUCUUUGGAGGGCACCCAGAAGGUAUAACUCUUGAACUAGCUGUGGCAAAAGGAGCUUCAGUACCAGUAAAAUCAGCAGCCCAAAUUGUUGCAGCAUAAAAACAUUUGGUGGUGGUGGCAAGGGAGACAGCGAUGGUGGAGCUAUCAUUAGUUCUCAUGGCACUACUGCUGGACCCCUGCUCUCCCUUAAUAUUAUUUUGGGAUUAGUAUGAUACAUUGAAUGCAAUGAGUUUGUUUUCCAUAUUACAAUAAAUUAGGUAUAUGAAUGUGUAUUGUGUUGCAGAAUGGGUUGGCUUGACAGAUUUACUGCUGUGACAUUAUUGUGAUUCACAUUAAGUCACACUACACAGUGCUUGCACACUUUCUUUCUCCAAACAUUUAACAAAAAAACAAAACCUUUUUAACUGUAUAUUGAAAACCUACAGUGUUAUUUACUAAUGUGCAAAUUGUUGGAAAACUCAAAGUGAAUUUGGAGUAUUUACCCAUUUUAGUUCUUUUUGCCUUAAAUUCGGAAUUCACUUUGAAUCCCUUUGGUAUUUAAACUUGCUUGUCUCACACUAGCAACAAUGACAAAAUAGCAAUCUAUUAUCUCUACCUAGUGAUUAGACACCUAGCGAUUGGACAAGAGGUGCAACCCACAUCAUUGGGGAGACCUUUUAUCCAUCAUGGCGAAUUAAAUUGCUUAUUUGUCUUCAUUUAAAAAAAAAAAAAAAGAGUUGGUUCCUCUGAAAUUCUGGCACAUGGCAUUUCAGAAAUGAAAAUUACUACAGCCCAAAGCUAAUCUCCAAAUCUAAAAUAUAACGGAUUAUAUUUUUCUCUACAAUAUGAUACUAUUGUGUGAUUUCACAUGACACAAUGACAUCAUCUGCAAUAACAGAAAUCGUUCGCAUUUUUUUUUUUAAAUGUAUUUAUUGGGUUACAUAAAGUGUCAAACACCUUUUCACUUUGAAAAGAAAACAUUUAUCUCUGUUUUUAUUACCUUUUUUAUUGUUCUCAAUUUAUUUUUGUGAUUGUGAUGUCAUCAUUAUGCAACAUAGGUGUUUUGCACACAUUACAUUAGUUUUUACAUGUCCUUGAUUGACAUUUGCACAAGGCAAUGCUUUUGAUAGUAUGUUUUGUAAUUUGAAUGCCCUAUAAAUAUGGUUACUUAGCAUGAUACAUUUUCUUUUUGAGCCAAAAUGUUGUUUUAUGCUGUCCAAUAAAUCUACCAUUGGACCUCCUGUGCCCAGUCCUAUUUUUUGUUCUCAAAAUGAUACACAGACAUUGACAGAUACAGACAUACAACCAUAGCUUGUGGCAGUUUAUUGGUAUCUGUGUAUGCAUAUCUGGUAUUGUAUAUCUAUGUAUAUGUCUGAGAGUAUGUGUGCCACCAAGUGGUUCUAGACUCCUUAAGACAAUAACAUAAUAGACCACAAAUUGUAUAGACUAUACAUUGUAUUAUAUUCCUCUAUGCUUAGGCCAAGGGUUCUUUAAUUUUAGGGCAGGAUGGGAACAUCAUAUGAUUUGCAGGAAGUUAUACUUUGUGCCAGCAUCGGUGAUUUGCAGUACACAUACACCUAUAGAGCUGAAUCCUCUUUGUAGAGUAAUGGUUUUACUCUGUUUACUGAAUAGCAAAUGACACAAUUGUUAAAUUAAAAUUCUAAAAAUGCUCUAAAACACAAUUUUUACAAUUAAAGCCAUAAUUCACUCCUUGCUACAUUUGUUAUAUAACUUCCAAAAAAGAAGUGACAACAAGGAGUAGUAAGUGAAUCUAUUUUGAGUUAUAAUUUCAUUAGCUAGAUUACUUAUGUAGAAAUGAUUAAAAGCAAAACCAUAAAAAAUGUGUUGUUUCUAAUUUUUCCUAUUUUUAAAGGAAAUUAAAAAAGAUAAACAAGCAAACAGGUGCUAAAAUACGCAAAUACAGAUGUAAAUCAAUAUGCAAAUAAAAAGGUAAAGCAGCACCUUAAAGUGCACAAGCUCAAGACACACCCUAUAGAUACAUAGAAAAAAGAAAAAAGGUGCGCUGUACCUUUAAAAUGUAAAGUGCAAACAAGUGCAAAUCAAGUGUCAAAAGUGCAAAAAAAGUGCAUAAAAUAUGUAAACAACUUCAGCAUACACAAUAUGUGCAAAAGUUGCAAGUGGAUAUUGUGAAAACUAAUACAAGAAUGACUUACAGAGGAAAAUAUCCUUGGUGCUCCAUAUGUAAAUUAGGACACAUGGUACAUAUAAAAGAUGCACAAAGGGAGAGACAUUGUAUAAUACUGUUUAAAAAAUGAUAGAACCAAAACCAAAGAUAAGAAUGUAACUCACAAAAGAAGAGCAGUAAAAGCCUGCUCUAACUUAUCCAGCCUGUAGUCCACAACCCAGGACUCAAUGAUGAUAGAAACAGCAGGACCCCAGCUGAAUGAAAAGAUGAAUAAACUUUAUUUCUUACAGUAAAACAAUGGUCUCCGUUCCCACAUAGAAGUCCAAUGGUCCUAUUCAAUGUUCUUUAAAAGGUUUCUGUCAGCAAACUCAGUCACUUUCGGCACUGUAGGAUGUACUUCCUGGUAUUCGGAGUUUCGUCCGGUCACGUGGUAACGUGAUGAUGCGUUUCGCCGAAUCGGCUUCCUCAGAUCACAUCUCAUUGCUGCUGGUCCUGACUUUUAAAGCCCAGGCUGUGGGCGUAAUGUUCGCUGAUUAUUCAGAUGAUAUGGGCAUAAUAAUCAUUAAUUAUUGAAAUGACCCCUCGUAGUCAUAUUCAAAUCCACAGUCACAACGGGGGUUUAUCUCCUAAAUGUCCUUUUCAUAAAAACCAUAAUACAAAAACAAAACACAAAUGCAGUGCCAAAGAUGCAUCAGAUAACAUCUAAAUAUAUAGCCAAAUAACAUAUAUUGAUAAUUCACAAUAUAAAUGCCAAAAGAAGAGUAAGUAUAUUAUAUAUGCAUUCCUAAUUUACAGCACUCUUAAUUCAUAAUAAAGACCCUAUAUAGAGUUACAAACCAUACUAUAUUAAACAUAAAAGUCUAAAAUGGUGUCAUACCCCCAUAUUACUAAAUUCAUUAAAUAAAAUGAAAUAAAAAAGAUGAACCUACUAAAAGGGAGAAAAAAACAGGAAUAUUAGUAUCUUAACACAUAUACCUUGUAUAAAACCACUAAAAUCACUAGAAGUUACAUAGAAAUAGUGCCAGAAAAACAAAAAAAUAUAAAAGAUAAAAAAUCUAUAAAAAUGAAGACAUUAAAAGUAUUACAAAAAUAUAAAAAAUUAUACAAAUCAAAUUCGAUAUUAAGACCCUUAGGUGCAAGGGUUUCUAAUGUAUGAACCCAUUUCAUUUCCUCUUGCCCCAGGUUUUGAAUGAAAUUACCUCCUCGCCAUGAUUUUCUUAUUAUUUGUAUGCCUAAAAAUGUAAGGCCUCUGGAGUCUUUAUUAUGGUGUUUUUUAAAAGGGGCAGAUACACUAUGGUGGUCAAGACCUUUCCGAAUAUUGUUAAUGUGUUCAUAGAUUCUUUUAUGUAAGGGGCGGAUGGUCCUGCCCACAUAUUGAAACCCACAUGGACAUAUUAAAACAUAAAUAAUAUUUUUUGUAAAACAAGUGGUAAAAUCUUUAAUGGUGUGCUCUUCCAUAUUAUAUUUACUCCUAAAUUUACUAAUUCCUUUUAAGGUACUGUUUCUACUGCACUUACACCCCACACAUUUACCGCAUGAAUAAAAGCCUUUUUUGUUACCACUUAGAAACGUUUUAGGCACUUCUUUCCUAGGGUGAUUAAAGGUUAAGAUUUGCUUUAAAUUGAGUGCACCCCUAAAUGUAAUAAACGGUUUGUCUGGGAUAAUCGCCGAUAACUCUUAAUCUUUUUUUAGAAGGUGCCAAUGUCUAUUGAUAAUAGAUUAUAUUUUUCUAAAAUUUUGAUUAUAAUCCAGAACCAAGGGUAAUUUGUCUAGUUUAUCCUGUCCGCUACUAUUAUUCCUUUGUUUAAAAAACAAUUCAUCUUGAUCAAAUUCCUUUACUUCAUCAUAGGCUCUAUCUAAUAUGUUAGUAGGGUAUUGUUUUUGAGAGAAUUUGUUUAUCACCAUUUUUGUCUGUUCCGCAAAUCUCUCUUUAUCAGUACAAUUCCUUCUUUGCAGUUGUCCUAUAGGGAUAUUAUUUAACCACGGGGUGUAGUGCUCACUAUUAUAUAAAACAUAACUAUUAGCGUCAACUUUAAAAAAAAAAAAGAUAUUUGUCGUUAAAAUGCCAGCAUAUACAUCAAUUUCUAAAUCUAAAAAGUUUAUAUUAUAUUUACUAAAUACACUGCUAAAAUUUAGGCCCCAUUCAUUUUGAUUAAUAUUUUCUAAAACAAAUUCUAAAUCUAUUUGUGAGCCUUUCCAUAUAAAAAAGAUAUCAUCGCUAUAUCUAUGAUAGGAUACCAGGUUCGUCCCCCAAUUCUGGCUGUUGUAGAUCAUUUCUGUUUCCCAGCCUGACAUAAAUAAAUUAGCAUAACUAGGGGCGAAAUGGUCCCCAUAGCAGUGCCCUGUAAUCGUAAAUAAAACCUAGAGUUAAAAAAGAAAUAAAUUAUUUUCUAACAUCCAUUUAAUACUAUGAACUAAAAAUUGGAUGUGAUUCUCAUUAAAAAUUCCAGAUUUUUCCAAGCAUUCUUGUAUAGUUCUACACCCCUUUUCAUGGGAAAUAGAGGUAUACAGUGCCGUUACAUCUGAAGUAACUAGGAAAUACUCUUCCUCCCGUUUAGUAUUCUUUACAAUUUUUAUUAUGUCUGUAGUAUCUUUGAGGUAUAAGGGCAUUUCUUUAACUAAAUUUUGUAGCCAAAUGUCCACGUAUUUGGAAAGAUUGGCUGAAAUAGAUCCAAUACCGGACACGAUUGGCCUGCCCAGGGGUUUUUCCAAAUUUUUAUGUACCUUCGGCAGGGUGUAAAACACGGGCACUCUAGGAAAUUCAACUUGUAAAAACUUAUACUCAUUUUCAUUUAAAUUACCCUCUUCCUUACCCCUUUUUAAAAGAAUCUCUAAAGAGGAUUUCAUCUCUAUAGUAGGGUCUUUUUUUAAUACCUUAUAUAUUUUCUUAUGCUCUAAUUGUCGAUAACAUUCUUCCAAGUAAUUAGUAGUGUUCUGAAUAACAAUACUGCCCCCCUUAUCUGCUGGCUUUAUUAUUAUUUCUCUAUUAUUUCUCAAAUCUUGUAGGGCUUUACGUUCAUUAAAACUUAAGUUAGAAUUAUGUUUUUUGUUUACACUCCCCAAUUUAUCAAAGUCCUCAAUGACGGAUUUCUCAAAGAUCUCUAUGGCACUUGUUCUGUAGUUCCUAGGAUAAAAACUCGAUUUAUUCCUCAAAUCAGUAUGGUUUUCACUCUUCCUAGUAUCAUUAUAUUUAUUAAUUUCAAAGAAUCUUUUUAAAGUGAGUGUUCUAGAAUAUUUUAAUAUAUCAAUAUAUACGGAAAAAGAGUUAAAAUUUCUACUGGGGGCGAAUUUCAGACCUUUAUUUAAAAUUCUAAUUUCAGCGUUAUUUUUAAAGGAAUGUUCCAAGUACCAUAACCCCUACAAUGCACUGUAGUGAUUAUAAUUAUUUUAUUAUUUAUAUAGCGCCAUCAGAUUCCAUACAAUGAUGAAAGGAGUUUCCUUGUGUUCCCCCAUUGUAAAUAGUCCAACUUUUUUAUAACAAGCACACUUUAGUGGAUAUGGUAUUUGGAGAUGUCCUUUAAUAUUGUAUUCCUGUGUAAUGGAUCUUCCUGUAAAGGCUCGCUCAUGAAGGAAUUAAUGCACAGUUAUUUACUUGCUAAGAUCAAUAUAAAAAAGAUCAAUGUGUCAUAUAAAAACAAAAAUAUAAUUUAGGAGUGUGGUAUAGCACAACACCAAAAGGCAAAAUAGUUUAACCUAGUGCAGUUAUUGUGUAUAAGCUGCUGUAGCCCCAAAAGCAAGCAAAAUAUAGCAAUCCAAAGUAUUCAUCCACAAAGCAAAGCUUAGUUGUAGGGGCCCUAUGAGGACAUUUAUUAUUAUUAUCCUUGAUAAAGGGACAGGGUCCCGAAACGUCCGUAUUUUGAAUGCUCUUUGAAUAAACUUGGGCUGCACUAGUGGGCACCUAUAACUAAGAUGUGCUUUGUGGAUGAAUAUUUUGGAUUGUCAUAUGAAAACAUUUUCAAUUAAAAUCUAGUGAUUUCUUUAUAUUUCUUUCUCAAUUUACUCUUUCUUUCUCUUACAAGAGGCUGUGAUAUCUAGCCAAAAACUUACUAAAAGAUACACAAACAUUUGCACAUGUGACAUUUACAUACAUAUAUACAGUAUAUACUGAUUACAUACUUAUAUUACUUUAUAUGCUAUAUAAUUUACCCAUUAUUUCAGGAACAUGGAUGGUGAUGUUAAUUCAUGCAGUCAUUCCACGAAUGGUAAAAAUGCAAGAUUCGUUACUAUGCACAAUGUAGGAUCAGCUGCCAUUUUAUUGUGGCACUAUUCAAAGCUUAAUUAUUAGCAGCAAUUAAAAAAACAUCUGGACAAGAGUAUCAAAACCUCUACCCUUUAAACUCUCCUAACAUUAGACAAUCCAUAAUAAUGUAAUAUAGACAUCAACAAGAACAAUGGAUACUCAUACACAUCGCUAAAGUGAUUUUGAUGCUUAGAGUGUCCCUUUAAUUUUGUAUUUCACAUAACUGUGGCAUUAUUGUAAUCUGCAACAUGAAUAUAAAUUGUUUAUCUUGAAGGCCACGAUUGUUAAAACUUAAGAAUAAUUUUGAUCUUAAUCAUUUUGUUUCACACAGUCAAAGAAUACUUUUAACAGAGCCAAGCUGAUAAACGUUGGAUUUACUGAAGCUGCAAAGGAUUAUGAUUACGACUGCUUUAUUUUCAGUGAUGUGGACAUUAUCCCAAUGGAUCUGAGGCAUCUCUACAGGUGUUCUAAAAAUCCAAGGCAUCUGGCCAAUGCUGUAGACAAGUUCAAUUUUACGUAAGCUGUUUUUGUUGUCAUUCUAUUUAUUUAUUGUUAAUAUAGUCUUGAGAUGGCUGAUAUCAAAUUUAUUUAAAUAUGAGAUAUUAUAAAUGAAAGCAACUACAAACAUCAUGACCACAACAAUGUGCUGGAGUGGUUAUGGUUCAAGGAGUGCCCUGGUUCCUCCCAUUAUACGCAGUCACACCUCUUUAGAAUGGUUUCAGUCCUUACCUAGGGUCCACCAGGCAGUCUGAAGAGCUCACAAUUUCAAGUCCUAUGUUACUAGCCAGGUCAAAAGCUUACUUACAACUGCAAGCCUCGAGGAUUCAUGGCACAAAAUCCAGUGGUGAUUUUUGCCACUUGAAUUUUCUCUCAACAGUGGCUUGUGAAGGUUUUGAGCUAUGCCUACCUCCUAUACAACAGAGUAAAAGACAAAAAGUAUCAUCUAACUUCUUUAAGUCAAUUAGCCCUGCGGCUCUCUGUCAGAUGUAGUGGAGACAGGGACUAGCUCCUGGUGGACCACAGGUAAGAAGUCAAACCAUUCUAAAAUGGUGUGCGCUACUCACAUUGGCGGAGCAGGCAACUCUUGGCACUGUAACCAUUAUCUAUGUAUUGUAAGUUUUAUGGAUAUUCUCUAUGAUGAAUAUAUUACAUUGGAAACCUAAAUUUAUUUUCAAGUUUUUUUGGUGGGGGGGGGAUAAGAGAAAUAAGUAGCACACAAAUAAAAAUGUAAAUACUUAUAUAUAAAAUUCCAAAUAUUAAAGAAAUUUCAUGAAAUAGAAGUAUUACACAAGAAGUAUUAUGCAUUUCACCCUUUAAAAAAGAUCACAGCUAAAUUUUGCAGAAAUUAACAAAGCGAAUAGGCUCAAAAUGCCCACAGUGCAUUGUAGUUGUUAUGGUUCAGAGUGUCCUAACGGCCCUCUAAUUUACGAUUUACAAGCUGCUUUGUAAAAGACUGACUUCUCAUCUGGGGUCUGCUGGAUGCUACUCUGUAUCUCCUGUUUUGAGAGUCAGCUUGUUGUCUGAGAGCAUCAGUUGACUUCUUUCAUCCAAUGAGGAAAGUCCUUCACUAUGUAUACAGGGAGGUGUGCCUAGGGCUGUAUUAAACAAAGUGAUUUAACUAAUCAAUUGAGCAGUGAGGGGCAUGCAGGGUAACAGUGCAGGGGCAUGAUUUAGACACCAAAACUGUUUCAUUAAGCUAAAGUAGUUUUGGUGACUAUAGUGUACAUUUAAUAUUUUACUAUUAACAAAAGAUCUAAAACUCACUUGUUGCAAUUGUGGAGAAAAUAAACGUUUGUGUAGAAGGUACAACGUGUUUAGUUUUUUUUACUAUGUGUAAAUAAAUAUUUUUAAAGUACUUUUUGUAACAUAUUUCUGAUAUAAUGUUUUUAUUCUCCAUUAGGCUACUCUAUGAAACACUUUUUGGUGGAAUAGUUGCUUUCACAAAAGAACAGUUCCUCAAAAUUAAUGGGUUUUCCAAUACAUUCUGGGGAUGGGGUGGAGAAGAUGAUGAAUUAUAUAACAGGUAUGUGGUAAUUUAUUAUUAAUAUUGUAUAAUCUCAAACUUUGCUCAAUCUCAGACCUUUCUUACACACCUUUUCUGCUAUUUGUGUUGACAAUGCAUCUCACUCAGCAUCAUAAACCUUACUUAGCUCUCGAUUUUAAGAUGUUUUCCAAAUGACACAAUACUGUUAGACAGCCUUCCCAAAUGAUUUAUCUACACACAUUCCAUAGACUUUAAUCGGGAUUUAUGUAGAUAAAUAAUUUGAAAAGUUUUUCUAACAGUAUUGAAUCGAUAGACUUGCGCACAGUAGAAAGAUAAGUAAUUUUUUUUAGUUCUGGAAGACCAGUAGUGGUCCAUGCAAAAUAUUUGGAAAAAAUGUUCUGGAGAAGCAAAAAAGGAUAAAGCACCAAAAAUGGUUACAAUAUUGCCUAGUCAUGGACCGAUUAAGGGCUUCAUGGACCUGGUGCUGAGGAUUUUGGUGUGCCUUUUUAUGGAAAUGUAUAAAAUGAAGCACAUUGCAGUGUUUAUGGUGUCGUCCAACCUGUCAAUCUAUUUUUUUUUUGUGGUGUGAUGGUUAACUUGGUAAUGCUGGGCACCCAAACCGCUCACUUCUCGUGCUCAAGAAUCAGUAUGACUUGGAUGCUACAUCUUGAAGACAGGAAUCAGUGUGGAUUGAGAAUAAAAAGUAGCCCUAUAAAAAAGCUCAUACCAACCUUAUCAUGCAUUGCAAUAGUAGAGUGUGCAUCUACACUUAUGGGCUGCAUAAUAAACAAACAAACAAAAAGUAUUUAUUUUAAGCAGACGUGCAAAAAUACAGCCAAAGUUCCAGCUUGAUUACCUUGGAGAGUUAUGAUAAAUAUGGUAAUGGCACACAAACAUGGAGAUGCAUUUGCUUAAAUUAAAAAAGUUAUUUUGGUUAUUCUUUGCAAAGGACCCCACCUCCAUAGCAAUUUUAGCUUAUUGAAGUAUUUAUGGGGAAUUUCUGGGCGAAAAAUUGCAACAAUUUAUUAUUGAAAUUGAGGCUGUCGUGUCCAACACCGCUGCCUCUGGCUUCUUUUCUCUGCAGUAUGAGGACAGUUUACCUGGGCAGUCGGUCACAGGCAGAGAAUUUCAUUUGACGUUUUAACCCAAUGACUGAGAGAAAUAGUAUGUUUCUGUGUUUUACAGUUGGGCUCAAAAGUUUGCAUAUCUUGGCAGAAAUUGUGAAACUUUGGCAUUGAUUUAGAAAAUAUGACUGAUCAUACAAAAAUUUUAUUUUAUUGAAGGAUAGUGAUCGUAUGAAGCCAUUUAUUAUCGCAUAUUUGUUUGGCUCCUUUUUAAAUCAUAACGAUAACAGAAAUCACGUGGAUGCACUGAGCAGGUUAGAUACUGAGUCAUGGGGAGCAGAAAAGAAUUGUCAAAAGACCAGCGUAACGAGGUAAUGGAACUUUAUAAAGAUGGAAAAGGAUAUAAAAAGAUACCCAAACCUUGAAAAUGCCAGUCAGUACUGUUCAAUCACUUAUUAAGAAGUGGAAAAUUCUGGGACCUCUUGAUACCAAGCCACGGUCAGGUAGACCAAGAAAUAUUUCAGCCACGAGUGCCAGAAUAAUUGUUCAGGAUACAACGAAAAACCCACAGGUAACCUCAGGAGAAAUACAGGCUGCUGUUGAAAAAGACUGUGUUGUUGUUUUAAGGAGCACAACACAACCAUACUUGAACAAAAAUGAGCUGCACGGUCGAGUUGCCAGAAAGAAGUCUUUACUGCACCAAUUCCACGAAAAAGCCCGGUACAAUAUGCCCGGCAACACCAUAACACGCCUCACAGCUUCUGGCAUACUGUAAUUUGGAGUGAUGAGACCAAAAUAGAGCUUUAUGGUCACAACCAUGAGCGCUAUGUUUGGAGAGGGGUCAACAAGGCCUAUAGUAAAAAGAAUACCAUCCCCACUGUUAAGCAUGGUGGUGGUGUACUAAUGUUUUUUGGGGGGGGGGGUGUGUUUUAAGGGCAUGGGGAAUCUUGUGAAAAUUGAUGGCAAGAUGAAUGCAGCAUGUUAUCAGAAAAUAUUUGCAGACAAUUUACAUUCUUCUGCACGAAGGCUGCGCAUGGGACGCUCUUGGACAUUCCAGCAUGACCCUAAGCAGAAGGCCAAGUUGACCUCCAGUGGUUACAGCAGAAAAAGGUAAAGGCUCUGGCCAUCAAAGUCUCCUGACUUUAAUAUUAUUGAAGCACUGUAGGGAGAUCUGAAACAUGCGGUUCAUGCAAAAUGACCAAAGACUUUGCAUGACCUGAGGGCAUUUUCCCAAGAUGAAUGGGCAGCUAUACCACCUGCAAGAACUAGGAGCCUCAUAGACAACUAUUACAAAAGACUGCAUGCUGUCAUUGAUGCUAAAGGGGGCAAUACACAGUAUUAAGAACUAAGGAUAUGCAGACUUUUGAACAGGGGUAAUUUCAUUUUUUUCUUUGUUGCCAUGUUUUGUUUUAUGAUUGUGCCAUUCUGUUAUAACCUAUAGUUGAAUAUGAAUCGCAUAAGAAAUAAUAGAAAUGUGUUUUGCCUGCUCACUCAUGUUUUCUUUAAAAAUGGUACAAAUAUUACCAAUUCUCCAGGGGUAUGCAAACUUUUGAGCACAACUGUACAAGUGACCCAAUAAAUCUUCACUUGUUCAUCUGAUAGAGAUGCACAAGUGAAAUGUUUACUGGCCCUGGUAUGAGGAUAAAAAAUUAUCACUUAUUUUUUAAUACACAUGCCAUUGUAUACUGUGAACAGAACCCUCAAUGUUUCCCUGUGACACACACAUGCUGAUCCAGUCUCUGACUAUUGCUCACUGCUGUUACACUUUUAAAUGUACUAAGUUCUUAGGGAUCCCAAGAAGGUUAAUAAACAAAAUCUGAGAGGCAUACAUGUGUGUAAACCCGUGUGCAGAUACACAUCAGUGCUACUCAAGAGUAGAGAUGUCGCGAACUGUUCGCGACAUCUCUACUCAAGAGAAGAAGUGCUGUGUUUUUGAUGGAAAAAUAUAUUUAAAAAAUGUAAAAUAGUAAUUAAUCUCCCAUAUUGCAACUGUAAUUAGGAAAUAACUCAUCUGUGAGCUAGAAGAGGCAAAAUAUGUCAGCUUGAUGCUAGAUAGAUCGACUGACGAAUGAGGAGUAGAAGAGUUAAUAUUGUAUGUCAGAUAUAUCAAAACAAUAGGAUCAAAAAAUAUUUCUAUCAGCCCUGUUACUUGAAAUGGCUAUUGCAGAUGGGUACUUAGAAACCAUCACUAAAGGCCUGAAGAUGCAUGGUCUCUUAGAAUUACAUUCUUCAAGCCAACUGAUUGGAAUUGGUUCAGAGGGUGCCAGCGUGAUUGGAGCUGAAAAUGGACUGGUAGAGAAAGUAAGUCAAAAUCUCACCCAUGUAAUUGGCUUUCACUGUGCUGCACACAGCUUAUAUUUAAGUGUAUUAAGCUCUGUGAAAGAAGGACAAUUCAUCGAUGACCUUGACUCGGUUUUAAAGAAGCUGUACAAAUUUUACCAGUAUUUACGAAUGAGACCGCUGAAGCAGGAACCGUAUAUAUUCGUGUAUAAGUCGAGAAAUUUUACCUGCAAACUUAAUGUUAUAUUGCAGGCUCGACUUAUACACAGGUGUGAGGGGGGAUGGCCGCAUCAUCGUGGUGCCGCUGGGCCAGGCGGCCGCAUCAUCGUGGUGCCGCUGGGCAGGGCGGCCGCCUAGCCAGUCCGGCGAGAUACUCACUUUCGUGCUUUCUGACAGUGCAGCUGUCAGAAAGCACGAACUGAAGGAGGGAGACUAUCUUGCUCCCUCACAGCGGCGGUGGCAUACUCCGGGUAGCGAGAGGGAGGGGGACGGGGACAUCAGACAAAGGGCCAGUGCUACUAUCUUAAUGGAGCACCGGCCAAGAGGCACAUUGAUGUCCGUGUGACUGGCGGGAGCACAUAAAACCACUCUCCUGCCGGUCAAUCUCUCUUACCCCUCCAGAUGCGCCGGCCAAAUGAAGCGUUAAAGUUAAAGCCUCAGAGGGGAUGUGAGCUGCGAGGAGCGGCAGUGGCUCGCGGCUAAUCAGCUCACAUUGUGUUAAGGGAUGCUGGGAUACAUGACGUCAUAUCCCAGCAGCCAAGUAUUGGAAAGAGCGAAGGCUGGCCACUGGGAGAAACUUGUUUAAUUUAUAAAAAAAAAAAAAAGUGUUUAUAAUCUAGUGAGUUUGUGUCAGUGUGUGUGUAUGUUUGUUUCAGUAAGGGUGUGUUUGUUUGUCAGUGAGUGUUUGUGUUUCUGUCAGUGAAUGUGUAUGUUUCUGUCAGUGAGUGUGUGUGUGUUUCUGUCAGUGAAUGUGUGUGUUUCUGUCAGUGAGUGUGUGUGUUUCUGUCAGUGGGUGUAUGUGUUUCUGUCAGUGAAUGUGUGUGUUUCUGUCAGUGAAUAAUAGGAUCAAAAAUAUUUCUAUCAGCCCUGUUACUUGAAAUGGCUAUUGCAGAUGGGUACUUAGAAACCAUCACUAAAGGCCUGAAGAUGCAUGGUCUCUUAGAAUUACAUUCUUCAAGCCAACUGAUUGGAAUUGGUUCAGAGGGUGCCAGUGUGAUUGGAGUCGAUCUAUCUAGCAUCAAGCUGACAUAUUUAUAUAGAGAGUGUUUGUCAGUGAAUGUGUGUGUUUCUGUCAGUGUGUGUGUGUGUUUCUGUCAGUGAAUGUGUAUGUUUCUGUCAGUGAGUGUUUCUGUCAGUGUGUGUUUGUUUGUUUCUGUCAGUGAAUGUGUGUGUUUCUGUCAGUGAAUGUUUCUGUCAGAGAGUGUUUGUCAGUGAGUGUUUGUCAGUGAGUGUUUCUGUCGGUGAAUGUUUCUGUCAUUAAAUGUUUCUGUCAGUGAAUGUGUGUGUUUCUGUCAGUGAAUGUGUGUCAAGAGUCAGAGUGCAUUUGUGUAUGUGUCAGUGUGUGUAUGAGCCAGUGAGUGCAUGUGUGUGUAUAUAUUAAAGGAACAGUAUAGGGACAAACGUAUUCCUGGCCCUAUAGUGUAGGGUCCCUGGCCCCCCUCGACGCUGUUAAGGCAUACUAUGGGCUUAAACACUGUCAGGGCGGCAUGGUUCACCCUAGCAGUGCAGCUGUCAGAAAGCACAAACUGAAGGAGGGAGAAGACAAAACUAUGAUGCUCCGUUGCGGCUUGCACAAUUCUUAGCAUAGCCACAUCAUAGAGUAGUGUUUACUCCAUGAUGUGUCCAUGCUGGGAAUUGUGGGAACCGCGAGGGAGCAUGAUAGAGAGACAUUUGUGUUAUAUUUCCAGUUUACACGUGCAAGGUCAGCCUCAGGAGAAAGGGAAAAGAGAGACACAAGGGGAGGGGGGAGAAAGAGACUGAGGGGAAGACUGUUACAAAAUGCCUUUUGUAACUGUUCCUUUAAAUGACAAAUUGCCCUGCUUCCCUGGAUUAUGGAGGAGCCUAUUUGCCAGCCUCCUCCCCCGUGACUAUGGACCGGGUUUGUAUGGCCCUUUAAGAACAGUCUGUGAGCAUAUUGGGGCUUAUGGACUUUUUAUGGGACUGGUGCUGGCCCUUUAAGCACAUUUUUGGGCCAUAGGGAAAAGUGGGACACUGCCCCUUUACGCCUGUGUCCCCAGACUUGGUUAAAACCCUUUGUUCCUGGCUAUUUCCCACUUGGUUCAGUGAAUGGGGCUUAAUGAACCAAGUACCACACAGGCUGACCACCCAGAAGUGGAAGUGUGCAGGCAAUUUACCUCCCAGGCUGGGAGCCUGCUGUAGGUAAAUUGCCGAAUGCUGGGUGGUCGCCGUACGAACACGUGGCGGCGCCAUCUUUAUUCAUUCAAAUACGGUCAGCAGUGUGUGCAGCCAAAUUCAUGGAACUAAAACCUGUACCUUCUCCCAUACCGAACUUUCAUUCGGUGAUGGGACUUUUUUUUUUUUUUUUCAGCCUGAAAUAGACCGACCGCACAGCCCAAAUCUAUGGAACUGUUUUGGGCAUGAAAAUGUGUCGGUCAUAAAGGACUUCCGUCUAACUUUUUAUCCACUGGAGGGAUUUGUGUGAUUUUUGGUUAGGUUUAUAUUUAAAGGAUGCUGAUUAAUAAUAUGUAUCUUUUUAUGUCUGUUAGUGAGUGAGUGUGUGUCUGUUAGUGAGUGAGUGUGUGUGUCUGUUAGUGAGUGAGUGUAUCUGUGUGUGUGUCUGUUAGUGAGUGUGUGUCUGUUAGUGAGUGUUUGUGUGUCUGUUAGUGUGUUUGUUUGUGUGUCUGUUAGUGAGUGUGUGUAUGUUAGUGUGUGUGUGUGUGUGUGUGUCAGUGUGAGUGAGUGUGUGUCAGUGUGAGUGAGUGUGUGUGUCUGUGAGUGUGUAUGUCUGUUAGCUAGUGUAUGCGUAUCUGUCAGUGAAUGUGUGUGUGUAUUUAGAAGGCGGGGCAGGGGGGAAGGGUGGGGGGGGGGCACCUGAGUUUUGUCCUGCCUAGGGCAGUGCAAAACCAGGAUACACCACUGGUCCUAUGUAAGGAAAACCUGCAUAAAAGAAGGCCCUUUGGUGCCAAUUAAACAGAAUGACUUGACCCUCUAACUUGCAGCCUUGACUCAUGUUUGUAGGGGACAGCUAUAAUCACUACAGGGAUUGCUAUGCUCUUCAUACUCCCUUAGCCACUGAGCUCUUGUAAGAGCUCUUGUUCCUGAUCCUGCUUCGCUCUACAGAAGGAAGAGAUUCACCUACUGGAACAUGGAGCCUGGUCGUAGGUCCAGGGUGGAUAGCAGACGGCGAGAUCCUAGCCCAGCAGCGGUGGUUCGUGGAGUCUGCAGUGCUUAUAGUGUCUACGGUGCUGAUGGUCCUUUGAUGAGCGCCAGGAGCAUCCUUUCUACGGUCCAACUUCCAGCCAGCCUGGAGGCAACCAUAACAAAGACAGAGGAGGAAGAGAGACACACAAAAGGGAGGGGGAGAGAGACACACAGAGGAUAGGGGAUGAUGAAACAGGGGCAAGAGAGAGACACAGGGGGAGGGAAAAAGAGGCAGAGGGGGAGGAUAGAGACUGGGAAGAAAAGGGGAGAAAUGGACACAUAGGUGCAGUGAGGGGGAGAAAGAAACAUACCGGUACACCAUAUAAGGGAACUUGAUUGACUAUUUACUCUUGUUUGUUGUCAAAUGAUUAUUAAGAUUACAUUAAUAAUAACAGAAUAAUAUUUUCGGUAAAUUCUUAUCUUCCGAAAAAUGAGUUUUGCAAAGAAAACGAUAGCUUCUAACACUGCUGCGCUUAAAUUGAAAGUUAUUGAACGUGCAAAGGAAGCCAAUAAUAGUGUAGCUACACGAGAGUUUAGCAUCAGCGAAAAACUCGUAAGAGAUUGGAGAAAAAAUUAGGCUGAAUUGCAAGCCAUGCCGAAGUUGAAGAAAGCAUUACGUUUCAAAGCUACACCUUUUGAUGGAAUGGAAAAGGAUUUGAAUGACUGGAUAAUGGAAUGUAGACAAAAUGGAUAUGUUGUGACUCGCUCGAGCAUUCAAAUACGAGCACUUCAGAUGGCAAAAGAAAAAUAUUUGGCGACUGAAGGUAUGGCACAAUUUAGAGCAUCGUCUGGUUGGUGCACACGAUUCAUGAACGAAUAUGGAUUGUGUCUUCGUCAGCGAACAAAGAUCGCUCAGACGCUGCCUAAAGAGCUGGACGAAAAGGUCAUGUCAUUCCACAAAUUCAUUAUCAAACAGAGAAAAAAGAAUGGUUUCGCUCUGAUAACAUUGGUAAUAUGGACAAAACUCCAAUGACAUUUGAUAUGCCUGGCAAUUGAACUGUAGCAAGCGUUGCGGAAAAAACUGUACUUAUAAAAACAACCGGUCAUGAAAAGUCACAUUUCAUUGUUGUCCUGUCUUGCCUGGCAGAUGGCACUAAACUGAGCCCGGUAAUAAUAUUCAAGAGGAAAACAAUGCCAAAGAACUUAAAAAUUCUGGCAGGAGUAACUUUUCAUGUUCACCCUAAAGGCUGGAUGGAUGAGGAGGGUACAAAGUUGUGGCUGCGCAAUGUGUGGGGCAGGCGACCAGUCGCAGCGCUAAGAAAAUGUCAGUCGUUAUUGGUGUGGGAUAUGUUCCAUGCGCAUAUAACAGAGGAUGUGAAGGAAGAAGAAAAGAAAAUGGCAACCACGUUGGCAGUGAUUCCAGGCGACCUAACAUCAAUGCUCCAGCCAUUGGAUGUCUGUCUCAACAAGCCUUUCAAGGACCGAUUGCGCAAUAUGUGGUAACAAUGGAUGUGUUCUGGUCAAGCAAAGUUAACGAAAGGAGAAAACUUGAUGAAACCAGACAUUGAUUUGAUAACGAAAUGGGUAAAGGAUGCUUGGGAUUCCAUAUCACCAGAAAUGAUCAAGAAGUCGUUCCUGAAAUGCGGAAUUAGUAAUUCUAUGGAUGGAUCAGAGGACGACGCCAUCUAUGAAGAGAAAGAUGAAUCGACUUCAUAUACCAAUUCAACAGAUGACGACAGCGAAGACGACGUAUACACUGAUGGCAUCACCGAAGAACAAUGUCAUGAUUUAUUCGGACAUUCUGACGAUGACGAGUCAGAGUUUGAAGGAUUUGUAUAGGCCAAACAAUGUUAAAAUUCCCUGUAAUAAGUUUAAGGGAUUCGUUACAGUUAAUAAAUUAAAUGUUCAUGUUCAUGAUUGCUCAUUUUUUUAAAUCCAGUUUUUAGCGGACAUGUUUGAUUGUUCCAGGAUCUUACCUAGGUAAAAUCUGACAAAAUUAUAAAAGUCCCAAAUUUUACCCUCGACGUAUCCACAAGUCAUAGCAUAUUUCACAAUUGUUGGUCACAAAACUGCACUCGACUUAUACACAAGAUCGACUUAUACACGAGUAUAUACGGUAACUCAUAGUUUUCAGAAAAAAAAAUACAGAAAUAUUUGCAUAUCAUAAGAUGGGUGUCAAGCAAAGUCAGUGCUCUCUCUGCACUUGUCAAAGACAAGGUGCCAGUUCACGUUGAAAGUGUUGCUGCAGAAAACUUGUUUGUUUUAAAAAAAACAAAAAAAACUAACUGAUUUUAAAUGCGUUCACAAGCUCCAUUUUCUGCUUGAUUACCUGAAAUCAUUAAGAACCUCUCCCUAUUAUUUCAAAGGGAAAAACUUUUUUUAAGCACAACUGAGUUGCAUGUGAAAAACACUAUUUCAUUGUUAAACUCACUCAAAGCUGUUCCAAAACAGCAUGAGAAGAGAUUUAUCGAUGGAACAUCACUUAAAGGACUGUAACAAAAUAUACAGUUGCAUGGAGUCAGCAAUACUGUAACUUCUUCGAUCCAGCAUAAAAAAGACAAAUUAAUUCAGCAUGCUGUUAAACAUGUGGAAGAGCGAUUUCUGAUCCAGAGGAAUAUUGAACGUUCCACGAGUGUUAUAUACCUGUUGCUAGGGAUGUGCAUGAUCCAAAAAUUCGGUUUGGUUCGGAAAUUCGGGUAAGAAAAAAAGUCGUCAAUUCGUGACUUUGGCCCUUCGGUUCGGUACUUCUGAAAUUCAAGACUUCGGCAAUUCAGAACUUUGGUAUGGUUCAGGACUUCGGUUCGGGACUUUGGCAAUUCGGAAAAUCUAAGCCAACAAUCUAAAACCCUACUCCUACCCUAAGCCAACCCUACCCUAACCCAAACCUAGCCUACCCCUAACCUAACCCUGUCAUUAUUCACAUAAAUUUCCCUCCCUCUCUUGUUUUGCCACUUUUUAGAAAUCCGAAGCACUUCGGCACUUAGAAAAUUCGGCACUUCUGCCAUUUGGUUCGGCACUUCAGCAAUUUUGGGACUUUGGCAAUUCCGUUCGGUACUUCCGAAAUUUGGCACUUCGGACAUUCUGAAGCAUCCGAAUGUUCGAAUUGCCUGAAAUGCGUCCGAAUUCACAUUCGGUCCGAAACGCACGUGUCUACCUACCUUUUGCCUGGCAUCAGGAACAACAUUACAAGACUAUGGUGUUGAUGACAUUACAGCAUUGGCUCAGCAUUUCCAGAAACAACUCUUUCUGCUUGAAAUGCAUGGCAAAUGCAUUCAUGCAAUCCACAAUGAGUGUUAGAAAUUUAAAGUCCUUUGAAAUGGAAAGAAACUGAGUGAACUUCAGGAUUUGGCACUCUCAAAUAGACAGAUUUCCAGUUUUGGGAAACUUGUUGUCUGUAGUGUCUGCAUUGCCAGUCUCAACCAUAUGUUGUGAGAGAGGGUACAGCAUAAUGAACUUUGUAAAAAUUAAAUUCAGAUCAUCAAUGCAACAAAAGAGUUUAGAUGAUUAAUUGAUGACCAACACGAAUGGAUCAUCAGUCCAGGUGUUAGAUCCAGCAAAGGCUGUUGACCACUGGUACUUGCAUGUCCAUAGUAAAUAAAAAACAAGUAAAAAGAACUGAUACAUUGCAUAAAACAUCAGAAUAUAUUAAUUAUGUGCAUAAUGUCUAUGACAUUUGGUUCUAGUUUUCUUUAUGUAUAAAUCUUAUAUCUGCUAUUUUUGUCAUUGAAAAUAAAGCUUUGUUAGUUUUAAAAAAUCUGGCUCCUAAUUUUUUAGCUAGCUCCUAUAUUCAAAGCAGCCCUGCUCCAGGAACUAUAACCAAUUAUUUAAGAUGAAACAGUUAUAGUGCCAAAAAUGCCCUUUUAAGAAUAACCACCAACAGUCUUGGUUCUGCCCCACAAAUAAAGAAGUCCUAAUUAUAAUCCAAGCCAUAAUCCUAGCUUUAGAACAGAAGAAAGGGAUCAGCGCUCUCUAUCUAUACAAAAUACAACAGAAACAAUAAUAAAUAAGUAAAAAGUGGCAGCACACCUAAAAAGUAGGGCUCCCUCACAGGCCUUACAACAGAAAUGGUACAGAAAAAAGAAAGGAAGGCAGCGCCACUAUAAACCACAUAAAUUAAAAGAGCACAGAAUAGGCAGACUAGAAUACAAUAUAUAUGAUAGAUACUAAGCAAAAUAGAAGUCCAGAAUAAAUAGUCUGACUGGUAGAUGAAUCAAACAACGAGGUAUAUCCUUGUAGAGGUGAAUACAGUCUUUUGUAGUGGGGGAUUCUUCAGAGUGGUGUAGAUGCGUCUUUGUACAUCAUAUGAAAUGAGAAAAUAACAACUGAUGGUAUAGUAUGUCCCGAAAGGGGUAGAAGCAAUAAAAGAAUAUAUGGUCCUACUCACGUUUUCAAGAGCUAUGGACUUAGCUCUAGUGUUGAUAACGUACAGUGGUAUAAUCCCCACUUAUGGGAUACGUGAGGUCUUAGUAUUCUUUCUUGAUUAGGGGACCAUAUGUGGAAAUAAAAGCAGGAACAACAAUGGUGCUCAAAGUAUAAAAUGCCAGAGGUGAGAAGAUAAAAAACCAAGUGGUUACUCACAUUUAGUUGAACAGACUGACUGUUCAAUGAAUACAGCUUGAGUGGUAUAAUCCCCACCUAGGAUUCUUGGGAGUAAUAUCCUCACUGGAAAGUAAAAACACUUCUGUGCCGGAUAAAAGGAUGGUAGUAAUAAAAAAGUAAAAUAAUAAUAGUAAUAAAAAGUAAGAUGGCUAACUCACAGUAAGAAAGUGGCCAAAAUACCUUUUAUUUAAAACAAUAUAGUUUAAAAAACCACAACGCGUUUCGCCCUUAGGCUUUAUCAAGUGGAGAUCAGAAAGUACAUCCUGUUACAUACAGGUUUAUAUAGGCAGUGAACAUAUUAGAAAAUGGUGCCAAAAUGAUGUCAUAAUUUUUUUUUUUUCUCAAAAGUGCUAAAUUUUAUAUGUGUAAGUGAGUACAUACCUAUAUGUAAAACAUGUGAUAGUUUAAAAUUAAAAACGAGGUUUUAAACUCACAAUACCUUACAUAUUCUAUUUAGAUACAACAGUCACAUGAUCGGUGGCCAUUUUUUUUUUUUUUUUAAAAGUGCUAAACUUUAUAUGUAUCAGUGAAUACAAACCUAUAUUGGAGACAUGUGAUAGUCUAAAAUUUAAAUUAAAAACAAGGUUUUAUACUCACAAUACCUUGCAUAUUAUUUAAAUAGAACAGUCACGUAUAUAAGUCACAUUGUAUAAAUAUGUACUUCAUGCACAAAAUAAUUAUAAAAGAUAAUAAAAUAUAAGAAAUAUAUUAUAAAAAAUUAAUUAUAAAAAUUAUAAAAAAAUUAUAAAAAAUUAAACAGGUCGAACUCUACAUUAAGACCUUCGGGGGUAAGGGUUUUUAAAAGGAACACCCAGUGCAUUUCUUUUUGUCCCAGUAAUUUUUUGAGGUCACCUCCCCUCCAGGGUAAUUUACAUCUUUGGAUCCCAGUACAUUUUAAAAAUUUAGGGUCUUUGUUGUGUUGGAUAAAAUGCUUUUGAAACAGAGUGAUUAGGGUAGCCUUUGAUAAUAUUUCUACAAUGUUCUGCUAACCUUAUUUUUAAGCAUCGUGUGGUCAUACCCACAUACUGGAGGCCACAUGGGCACUCCAAUAGGUAUACAACAUUCUUAGUAGUGCAACAUAUUAAGUCUUUAAUAGGGUAUGUAAUACCGGUUUUGUUUGAGGUGAAUUGUGUUGUCUUUGAUGUGCUGUUUUGGUCAGUGGAUCUGCAGACAAUGCAUCUGUUGCAUUUGAAAAAACCUUUAGAAUUUGAUUAAAAUGAUGGAUUGCUUGUAUUGGCUUUUUUUGUAUAAUUUUUAGUAAGCAUUGUCUUUAGGUUUGGGGCCCCUCUAAAAAUGAUAUGGGGUUUAUCUGGGAUGAGUGUCUUUAAAAUUUCAUCUUGUUUUAAAAUGUGCCAGUGUUUUUGAAUAGUUUUUUCACAAUUUUAUUCUUAUUGUCAAAGUUAAAGAUGAUCGGUAUGGAUGGUGGGUCUUUAUUUUUAUUCGUAUUAUAUUCUAAAAGCUCGAGUCUUUCUUUUUGUUUCACUGCUUUGAGGGAUUCUUCUAGCUUUUCUUUUGGGUAAUUUUUGCUGAUAAAUUGAGCUUCUAGUGUUCUAGCUUGUUCGUCAAAAUCUGUAUUAAGGGAACAGUUCCUGCGAAGACGUAGGAACUGACCUUUAGGGACCCCAUCUAACCAUGGUUGGUAGUGGCAGCUUGAUCUGUCAAUGACUGUGUUGGUGCACACUUUUUUUAAAAAAGUUCUAGUGUUAAUAUUCCCAUCCUGGAUAAAAAUUUGGAUGUCUAAAAAAUUUAUUAAAUCUUUGCUGUGUUCUGAUGUUAAAAUGAUGCCACUAUUGUUGUUGUUUAGAUGAUUUAAAAAAAGUUUAAGUGAGGUUUCAGGACCUUUCCAGAUAAAAAACAAAUCGUCUAUGUAUCUAAAAUAGGAUACUAGGUUUGCUUUCCAGGGGUGAUCUCCCCAGAUUGCUUAAGACUCCCAAUUGUCCAUAAAAAGAUUGGCAUAACUUGGUGCAAACCUAGUACCCAUAGCUGUGCCUUGUCUUUGAAUGUAAAAAGUGUCUAAAAACCAAAAAUAGUUAUUUGUUAAAAUCAUUUUUAUCCCUUCUAAGAUAAAAUUAAUUUGUUUUCUGGAAUUUUAUUAUCCGUUUUUAAUCUAUUUAAAACUGCUUCACACCCUAAUUCGUGGGGGAUUAUGGUGUACAAAGACUGGACAUCACAAGUGACUAGAAUAAAAUCUGGAUGCCAGGUAAAAUGUUCUAAAAAACGUAAGAGAGACAUGGAAUCUUUUAAGUAUGACCUCAUAAGUCUGACUGAUGGUUGUAAUAAAAUGUCAAUAUACUCUGAUAAGUUUGAUAAAACAGAAUUGAUCCAGGAGACAAUAGGUCUACCUGGUGGAUUGGUCUCAUUCUUGUGUAUCUUUGGUAAAAAGUAUAUGACUGGAAUUUUUGGAUGAGGUAUAUUUAAAUAAGCAAAUUCUUUUUUGUUGAGGAUAUUGGAAUUUAAGCCUUUGGUUAAAAAUGAUAUAAGGGAGUUUUGGAUGGUAUGGGUUGGGUCUGAUAGUAGCUUGUCAUAUACUUUGGGGUCAUUAAGCUGUCUAAAUGCUUCUUUGAUGUACAUUUCUUGUGAGAUUAUAACUAGGCCGCCCCCUUUAUCGGCUGGUUUGAUGACUAUUGUGUCAUCUUUUUUAAGAUCUGUGAGAGCUUUCCUUUCUUGGAAGGUUAAGUUAUAUUGGUUAUAUUUAUGAUAUUUGUGGUUGUUUUUUUUGGAGGUAUUAAUUUUUUCUAAGUCUUGCUUUACCAAAUUCUCAAAAACUUCUAUUGGGCCAGAUUUGAAACUUGAUGGGUAAAAAUUAGAGUUAUUCUUAAGGGUGGUGUUUUUCACUGGUAUCUCGUCAUUAAUACAUGGAGGUGUGGGGGAAUAGUUGGUCUGUCCCUGGUUAAUAGAUUGAUUCUCAACAAAGACCCUAAAUUUUUAAAAUGUACUGGGAUCCAAAGAUGUAAAUUACCCUGGAGGGGAGGUGACCUCAAAAAAUUACUGGGACAAAAAGAAAUGCACUGGGUGUUCCUUUUAAAAACCCUUACCCCCGAAGGUCUUAAUGUAGAGUUUGAAUUUUUUAUAAUUUUUUAUAAUUUUUAUAAUUAAUUUUUUAUAAUAUAUUUCUUAUAUUUUAUUAUCUUUUAUAAUUAUUUUGUGCAUGAAGUACAUAUUUAUACAAUGUGACUUAUAUACGUGACUGUUCUAUUUAAAUAAUAUGCAAGGUAUUGUGAGUAUAAAACCUUGUUUUUAAUUUAAAUUUUAGACUAUCACAUGUCUCCAAUAUAGGUUUGUAUUCACUGAUACAUAUAAAGUUUAGCACUUUAAAAAAAAAAAAAAAAAAAUGGCCACCGAUCAUGUGACUGUUGUAUCUAAAUAGAAUAUGUAAGGUAUUGUGAGUUUAAAACCUCGUUUUUAAUUUUAAACUAUCACAUGUUUUACAUAUAGGUAUGUACUCACUUACACAUAUAAAAUUUAGCACUUUUGAGAAAAAAAAAAUUAUGACAUCAUUUUGGCGCCAUUUUCUAAUAUGUUCACUGCCUAUAUAAACCUGUAUGUAACAGGAUGUACUUUCUGAUCUCCACUUGAUAAAGCCUAAGGGCGAAACGCGUUGUGGUUUUUUAAACUAUAUUGUUUUAAAUAAAGGUAUUUUGGCCACUUUCUUACUGUGAGUUAGCCAUCUUACUUUUCAUUACUAUUAUUAUUUUACUUUUUUAUUACUACCAUCAUUUUAUCCGGCACAGAAGUAUUUUUACUUUCCAGUGAGGAUAUUACUCCCAAGAAUCCUAGGUGGGGAUUAUACCACUCAAGCUGUAUUCAUUGAACAGUCAGUCUGUUCAACUAAAUGUGAGUAACCACUUGGUUUUUUUAUCUUCUCACCUCUGGCAUUUUAUACUUUGAGCACCAUUGUUGUUCCUGCUUUUAUUUCCACAUAUGGUCCCCUAAUCAAGAAAGAAUACUAAGACCUCACGUAUCCCAUAAGUGGGGAUUAUACCACUGUACGUUAUCAACACUAGAGCUAAGUCCAUAGCUCUUGAAAACGUGAGUAGGACCAUAUACUCUUUUAUUACUUCUACCCCUUUCGGGACAUACUAUACCAUCAGUUGUUAUUUUCUCAUUUCAUAUGAUGUACAAAGACGCAUCUACACCACUCUGAAGAAUCCCCCACUACAAAAGACUGUAUUCACCUCUACAAGAUAUACCUCGUUGUUUGAUUCAUCUACCAGUCAGACUAUUUAUUCUGGACUUCUAUUUUGCUUAGUAUCUAUCAUAUAUAUUGUAUUCUAGUCUGCCUAUUCUGUGCUCUUUUAAUUUAUGUGGUUUAUAGUGGCGCUGCCUUCCUUUCUUUUUUCUGUACCAUAAUCCUAGCUUUAAUCUUAAUUUUAAAACAUCAUGUAAUAUAAAAUAUACAUUACUCUGAAGCAUGCACCAGGGAAAAUAAUGCCACCUUGGAUUUCUAUAGACAUCCAUUUACUUAUUGGUAUUCAGUCUUAUAAUUGUAAAUAAAAUUAUAUAUACCAAACACUGCUAAAACAAGCAGGACCAUUCACUAAAGUGAGAACUGUCUGGAAUUUAAAGUGAAUUCAAAGUGAAUAUCAAAUUCAAGGACAAAGUAGUUUAGUUGCAAAAAUCCAAGGCUACUCUACUUCCAGUUUGGCUACUUUUGUAUAACAUUUUUAAAUUCCGUUUGAAUUCCCAACAAUUCUCACUUUAGUAAAUAAAUCGAAAAUUAACAUCACAAAUCUGAAGUAUUCCAUUAAAAAAAAAUCUCCUAGAGUGGUUGCAUUAAAAUAACCAAUAAAGGGGAACCCUCUCAAGCGACUCCGGAGUCUCGUCUGCCGACCCGUGGGCAGAAUCAGCUCCUGCGGCCUACUCACCUGGCGAAUCCCACAGGGGGAGGAAAUGUCCGAUCCUCCAAUCUAAGACCGCUGGGCUACCACAGCCGACCCGUUCCCUCCUCUGGACCGCUGGGGGAUAUCCCAGGCCCCAUUGGGGAAAAAGCAAUCGAGAGCAUCCUGGGAAGCCAAAUUUCAUGCCGACUUCGACAGGAUCUGUGCAGUGUUCUGGUGCCGGAUUGCAGCCUGUGCACAGCAUACAUAGCCACCUACGACUCCUGCCACACAGCUCAAGACAGAAGUCCUUCCAACAAACAGCUUUACUACUCUAGCACAUCACGACACAUGCUUGGACAAUGCCGUUGUCUCAGCCGCUCGCUCUUCUGGGCUGGGUACUCAGCUGGAGCUAAAAGUUUUUGAAGCACAGGAAUUAACAUAUCCAGAUGGAGUGGAAAGACUUGGCAAUGGGCAUGGAAUACAGUGUAAGUUGGUGAAAAAAUUUCCUCUAACUCACAUAAAUCUCAACUGGUAUAAUAGAGCCCCCAUCAAGGCUUAAAAUAAAUAGUAAAUUGCAAGAAUACUAGACCAUAAAUGUACCAGGAAAUGAAUAGUGAGACAGUAGCCACAAAAAAAUCAGCAAAAAACUGAUGAGGGAAUAUACAGGGAAUAUACAGGAAAAGCGCUACACACAAGAGGGAGACUUGGGCACUGUUAACUAAACAGUGAACCGGUAAAAAUUGGAACUUGACAGAGUAUAGGCUAAAAUACAACACAAUUCAAAUGCUAAUUAAUAAAAAGAUUUCAAACCAUGAAUAUAGAUAUUAGUGAUGUAGUAAUGUAUCUUGUUGCAGUAAUGUAUCAGCUCUCAAGAUAACAAACUCCUGUUACUAAAUAGAAGGAGCUAAAAUAAUCCGAGGCUGAUAUGUUAUAACCUAUAUUUCACAGUGGGAAAUGGGUAUAAAUUCUUCUUCAACAGUAUGCAAUACCUGACAAUGUAGUGGUCUCUUGUGUUGAAUGAUGUCUUGAAAUCUACAAAGUGUGCAAAAUAGGAGACAUAGUGUUCUCUGUUGACACUAAUUGUAUAGACACACUAGUUAUAAACACUCACAGGCUCCCGGGAAUCAAAGGCAUAUCUGUGGAAAUGCAGGAAUCCUAUCUCUAGAUGUAGCAAGAAUGAAGUCCCUUUCGAUGUUCUCACUUCCAAAGGGUAAGGCCCCAGAGCCGGAUGGGUUUUCAAACUAUUAUUAUUAGUAGUUCGGACCUAUACUGGCGCCGUGACUAGCUACUUUUUUUAAUGAGGCCACCACAAAUGGGUCACUACCAUCAGACAUCUUAUGAGCACAGGUAGUAACCCUCCCGAAACCUGGUAAACCUCCAAUCUGUCCCCAAAAUUUCAGACCAAUAUCCCUCUUAAACUCAGAGGCGAAGAUCUUCGCAAAAUUCUUUGCACUCAGGCUGCAACCGAUACUACCGACCAUCAUUCAUAAUGAUCAGAUGGGAUCCACUAAAGGGAGACAGGGGGCCGACAGCACGAGAAAGGUUCUCAACAUAAUGCAAAAUCUCAAUAACAGACUAUCAGGAUGUUACCUGAGUUGGGAGUCUGUAGCGCAGAUAUGUUGCAAAUAGACACAGUCCAAGGUGACCAGAUAAUAAACCACCUGGACGGUGAAUCUGUGCAUGGGGGCUGUGCAGGAUGAAGUUCCAAGUCGCAGUACAGGCAAGGACACAAUCAGCAGGAUAGUCAAGGGAUAGCCGAAGUCAAAGGAUGCCAGAGGUCAGGAUUACUGAAGUGUAGCCGAAGUCAAGGGAUGCCAGAGGUCAGGAUAAACCAAGUCAGAAGCCGGGGUCAAAUUGGAGUAGGAGAUCAAGAGACUGGAGCACAUGAACUAAACACACAACAGUAUAAAAUUCUUGAUAAUGUUCCCAGGGCGAGGCAGUGCUGAUGACUGAGCAAUCUCAGGUGAAGCACAGCAAUAGAUGAAGUCCAGCCCCCAGUGCUGCAGACAAGCCAAAAUGAACAGGACUAGAAUAAAUCCAAGGACUAGGAUCUGCUGUGGUUCAAGGGUAGAUAGCAGGCUCAGAACAGCAAAGUACCCAGGUUAAAACCGCCUGUUGGGUACUUCUGGGGCAACCACGUCUUGCCGUGUAGAUGUCACGGUGAGAACCCUGACACAGACAAAAGACGAUCCUACUAUCUUUAGACGCGGAAAAGGCCUUUGAUAGGCUACAUUGGGGGUUUCUAACCGCUGUUUUGAGAAAAUUCUGGUUGGCAUAUUUUUAUCCGCAGUCAAAGCAUUAUAUUCUGCACCUGCAGCAAAUGUACUCAAUGCUGGCUUUCUAUCAGAAUGCUUCAGUAUUACUAACAGGACCAGACAGGGGUGGCCAUUAUCCCCUCUCGUAUACAUUAUGGCGCUGGAACCUAUUGCAGAGGUAAUCCAGGCAAACUAUUUUAUCCAUGGGUUAACUAUAGGAUCUAGGGAAUACAAAAGUAAUCUGUUCGCGGAUGACAUACUGUUGACGUUGACACAACCCCACAUCUCACUGCCAAACCUCCUAAAAGAGAUUGAUGAAUAUAGCUUCCACUCGUAUUAUAAACUAAGCGUUACCAAAACGCAAGUGCCAAGUCUACACCUAGAUCGCAGUGAAUCCCUCAAACAAAACUUUACCUUCAAUUGGAGGGUGAAUCACGUCACCUUUUUGGGGAUCCACAUAACCAGACUACCACGUGACCUCUUAGAUCAGAACUAUGGUAAACUAUUGAAAGAAAUAACUAACUUUGAAAUCCUGAGAGGGGGGUUUCUGUCAUGGCAUGGUAGAGUUGCUGCUUUUAAAAUGUUAUUAUUACCUAAGUAUCAGUAUCUUCUACGCACAUAACAGAUCCCACUACCGAAACAGUAUACCACGACAAUGCAAAAAGCAGUGACCAAAUUCGUAUGGGCAGACAAGCAGGCCAGGGUGGCAACAUCCAUUCUCCAACUCCCCUUUUCCAAAGGGGGCUUAAGCUUACCCAAUUUAAAAACCUAUCACGAUGCCGCAAUAUUAGCUUCUGUAAUCUCAACUCAUAAAAUGAGGGAAAUCCCUCAGUGGGUGGAGAUGGAAUCCUGCUGGUAACAUAGACAUGGGAUAUACCUCUUGUUCUGGGUCCCAAAACAAGCAAGACCGAAAAACCUGGAGCUCCUUGACAGCACAAAAUUGACUCUGAAAAACGUAGGACAAAUACUAUAAACACCUGACUGGACGUGAAACGUAUUCAAUGGCCGCUCCCAUUCAAAGUCUACACAUUACUAAUUCCUUGUUCCACAAUGCUACAUGGCAUCGGCAUGGAUGCACCCAUCUGCAUCACUUAUACGACAACAUUUCUUUAAAGUCAUUCCCUGACCUCCAAACCCAGUUCAAAUUUCCUAACAGGGCCCUCCUCUCCUACCUUCAAAUAAAAUCCACUCUAACUCCCAGUUAUAGUAACACAGCCAAAUAUUUCAAAGAAAGAGAGCAUGUGCGUCUAUCCCAAUGCCCAGAAGAAAGCACUAUCACUGAUAUACAAUGAUCUCAUAGCGUCUAAUAUAACACCACCUUAUGUAUUUAUGAAAGAGUGGCACAAAGAUCUUAAUACGGAGUUCACUGAUACACAAUGGCAAGAGGCAUUUCUGGCCCACAGGGUAACACAGCGUGCAUGUCACACAUAGAAUUAAUAAGAAAACGUCAACACAGGUGGUACUAUGUGCCAGAGAGGCUGGCGUGCAUGACACGGUGGGCAUGGAAUGAACAAGUCAAAAACCAACUAGACCUUUAUCAUAAUUACCUCUGCGACAUGAGGAAAUACCAUAGGGUGGCAAACACUUGACCCAUAGGACUGCCCACGGGGAUCAGACCUUGACCAGAAAAGGACAUAAAGAAACAUAACUGGUAGCUCUUGACAGCACAGUUCCAUGAAGUAAGCCAAGUGAGGUAUCUUAGCUCAAUGUGGUUGUAUACCUUUCUGGUGUAUGUCCCUGUAGGAUAUCUUUGAAUAUCACCUGACUAUACCUGAUAUGCGUUUGCUAGCUACAUACUAUGAGUUUGUUAGCUACAUAAAGUUCACUACAUAAUGCCUGUUUGUUAACUCUAUGCAGACAUAUAAAGUCACUUGUGACAAUGUAUGAAAGUGUAAAACAGUCAUUGAUUGAUUCAUAUUGCUAUGUGUAUAUGAUCGUACUUUGUGGAAAAUUGUCUAUUGUACCCCCCUGUAUACCUCUACCCUUUAUAUUUUUGUUCACAACUUAUACAAAACAAUAAAAAUUGUCAAAUUGAAAAAAAAGGAAACAUGUAAAGUAAUGCACAGUGAUACCCAAACAUGCCAAUUUAAAAAAUGGUGUAAAAACUUGUUUGAAAAUAUUUAAAAAAUAAUAAUAAAGAGAGAUUUGCUGAAGGAAAAAAACUAAACAAAACAAAACAAAAAAAACUAUUAAGUAUAUGUGGCUUAUUUAACAGAGAAGCACCAAGUAAAAAGUUAUCAAUUUUGGGCACGAUAAGGGAAUCUUAAAUAUAAAUGACUGAAUGUUUUAGAAUAGCUAUCAAUUCCAAAUGUUAAGACCAUAAAAGUGGUCUCAUAACCUGCAAUAGUUGAAAUUGAACAAUUAUUUUAGAUUGCACCUACUGUCCUCAUAUUUCAAACGUAUUAUGUUAGAAUUAAUUAUUUGCCUUAUUUUAUCUAUUGUACUGUGUUGCAAAAUAUGUUGGUGCCAUAUUUAUCAUUGGAUUUGUAAUUGUUAGUAACAAAUCAAUGUGCAAGACAUAUCAACCACUGAGAGACCAUUGAGAGUCUGAUGUGAGUAAUAACACAGUUGCAAUAAAGUGCUGCCCAUCAGGCUUGCUGGUACCUGCAGAAGAUAAAAUGUCCUGUUGGUCCACUCAGUGUCCUCCCAAUGAAUAAAAUAUAUAGAGGCUGGUUGUAUGGUGACAUGAGAGCCAGCAUUAAAGCAUGUUUCAAUGUAAAUUCAAGUAUCAUAAUGUCCUCCUUAUUAGGCAGUAAACUGAAUUAUCCUGUAAUCACCAGACUGACAUGAAGGAGCCUCUAACAACAACACAGUUUGUCAAAAACACUCACUUGUUUUUACCCCUUUUAUGGUUUUGUUACUAUUUGUUAGCAUUUUGAUGUGUCAAUUAUAGUAAUAACUUCCAAUUGAGGUAUUACUUUUAAGACACCCUAUAGCCUCCAUUGCCACAAGGCCAUCGAGGUCAUGACCUGAGAGUGGCAGGCAGGAGGGGGCGGCAUGACCAGGGGGGAGAUCUAAGAUCUCCCUCACCGGCCAGCACAUUGUCCUCAUAUCUGGCUGAGUGUGAGAUUUCCCUGGUCAGCCUCGGCAGGACUGGCACUGAAUAGAGAGAUGCACAUGCUCCUUGCUCUCCCUCUCCUCUGCACUGUAUUAAAGCGUUGCUGUGGGUUUCCUGGCACCAACCAGAAGAAGCUGUCUGAUCCUACAGAGGCUCUAGUGGGUUGACAGGUGCUGUAGUGUAGUGGUGUGCACCGUCAUCCCACUAUAGCCCCUUAAAUCCCCACUACAGCCCCUGUCACCCAACUAUACCCACUAUCGACCCUACAAUAGUCCCUUUCCACCCACUACAGCUCUUAUUCUCUCACUGCCGUCCCUGGGACCCCUCUACGGUCCCUGUCACCCCAUUAUACCUACAAUAGUCCCUUUUCUCCCACCACAGCCACUAUUCUCUCGAAUACAGCCUCUAUUCCCCCACUAUAGCCCUGUCACCCCACCAUGCCCACUAUCUGUCCCACAAUAGUCCCUAUCCUCCCACUACAUUCUCUAUUUCCACACUUCAACCCCUAUAUCCACUACCUCCCUAAAUAGCAUAUAUAUAUAUAUAUUACUUAAAAAAAAUCUUAUGCUACUUGGGUGGUAUAUUUAUUCCUUAUUCUUGGGUCCUCUUAUUCUUAUUCUGCGCAGUAUCUUAGCUGUACCUAGAACUGCACUCUUCUGGACAGCAAUCUACAAUGUCUCACCUGGAAUCUGUUGAACUCACUCCCCCCACUUGAGAGUCACAGUCCCGAGUGCUCCUAUCACAACUGGGACUACUACUGCCUUAAUUUUCCACAUCCUUUCUAGCUCUUUUUUCAGUCCUUGUUAUUUGUCCAUCUUCCUUCUUCCUAAUGUUAUAGUCACUGGGUAUUGCCACAUCCACCAGUACUGCAGUCUUCCGUUCCUUGUCUGCCACCACAAUGUCAGGUUGGUUGGUCGGUACUUGCUUGUCCAUCUGGAUCUGAAACGCCCACAGGAUCUUAGCCCUGUCAUUUUCAACUACUCUUUGUGGUAGCUCCCAUCUGGACUUAGUCAGGCCCAGCACAUACUGAUACUCGAAAAAUUUGAAUAUCGUGCAAAAGUUCAUUUAUUUCAGUAAUGCAACGUAAAAGGGGAAACUAAUAUAUGAGACACAUUACAUGCAAAGCAAGAUAGUUCAAGCUGUGAUUUGUCAUAAGUGUGAUGAUUAUGGCUUACAGCUCUUGAAACCCCCUAAUCCACAAUCUCAGUAAAUUAGAAUAUUGUGAAAAGGUGCAAUAUUCUAGGCUCAGUGUCCCACUCUAAGUAAGCCAUAACACCUGCAAAGGGUUUCUGAGCCUUUAAAUGGUCUCUCAGUCUGGUUCACUAGGAAUCACAAUCAUGGGGAAGACUGCUGACCUGACAGUUGUGCAGAAAUCCAUCAUUGACACCCUCCAUAAGCAGGGAAAGCCUCAAAAGGUAAUUGCGAAGGAAGUUGGAUGUUCCCAAAGUGCUGUAACAAAGCAUAUUAAUAGAAAGUUAUGAAGAAAAGUGUAGAAGAAAAAGGUGCACAAACAGCAUGGAUGACCGCAGCCUGGAGAGGAUUGUCAGGAAAAGGCCAUUCAAAAGUGUUGGGGACUUUCACAAGGAGUGGACUGAGGCUGGAGUCAGUGCAUCAAGAGCCACCACACACAGACAGAUCCUGGACAUGGGCAUCACAUGUCAUAUUCCUCUUGUCAAGCGGCUCCUGAACAACAAACAAUGUCAGAAGCGUCUUACCUGGGCUAAAGAAAAACAGACCUGGUCUGUUGCUCAGUGGUCCAAAGUCCUCUUUUCUGAUUAAAGCAACUUUUGCAUCUCAUUUGGAAACCAUGAACCCAGAGUCUGGAGGAAGAAUGGAGAGGCACACACUGCAAGAUGCUUGAAGUCCAGUGUGAAGUUUCCACAGUCUGUGUUGAUUUGGGGAGCCAUGUCAUCUGCUGGUGCUGGUCCACUGUGCUUCAUUAAGUCCAGGGUCAACGCAGCCGUCUACCAGGAGAUUUUGGAGCACUUCAUGCUUCCUUCCGCAGACGAGCUUUAUGGGGAUGUUGACUUCAUUUUCCAGCAGGACCUGCCCACACUGCCAAAAGCACAAAAGCCUGGUUCAAUGACUGUGGGAUUACUGUGCUUGAUUGGCCAGCAAACUCACCUGACCUGAACCCCAUAGAGAAUCUAUGGGGCAUUGCCAAGAGAAAGAUGAGAGACAUGAGAUCGAACAAUGCAGAAGAGCUGAAGGCCGCUAUUGAAGCAUCCUGGUCUUCCAUAACACCUCAGCAGUGCCACAGGCUGAUAGCUUCCAUGCCACCGCAUUGAGGCAGUAAUUGCUGCAAAAGGGGCCCAAACCAAGUACUGAGUCCAUAUGCAUGCUUAUACUUUUCAGAGGUCCGAUAUUGUUCUAUGUACACUCCUUGUUUUAUUGAUUGCAUGUAAUAUUCUAAUUUACUGAGAUUGUGGAUUUGGAUUUUUCAUGAGCUGUAAGCCAUAAUUAUCGCACUUUUGACAAAUCACAGCUUGAACUAUCUUGCUUUGCAUGUAAUGCUUCUAUGUCAUAUAUUAGUUUCCUCUUUUACGUUGCAUUAUUGAAAUAAAUGAACUUUUGCACGAUAUUCAAAUUUUUCGAGUAUCACCUGUAAUCUGUGCCGAUGUUUCGGUACACAAAUUGUUGUGCUGUGUAUGCUGUUCCUGCUAACAUCUUGCAACAGACCACUAUGUGCUGGAUUCUCUCAGAGGCCUCUUUGCACAGUCUGCACUUUGGGUCUUGCCUGGUGUGGUAGAACCCCACUUCUAUUGAUCUGGUGCCGAGUGACUGUUCCUGUGCUGCUAGGAUUAAUGCCUCAGUGCUGUCUUUAAGUUCUUCCUUUUCCAACCACUGGUAAACUUUUGUCAUGUGGGCCACAUCCACUAUUUGCCAGUGCACCCCAUGGAGAGGUUUGUCUUGCCAUGGAACCUCCUCCUUUUCUCCAUCCUCUAUCUGUUGAAGUCUCAUGCAUUUACUUAACAGUUCAUCUUUGGGAGGUAUCUUCGUGAAGUACUUGUGAAUGCUCUGUGUUUCAUCCAGGACUGGGCCUUAACACUCAUCAGGACCUGACCUCCUUACUUCCUGCUAGUGCACAGUCUCUGGGUGCUGGAUUUCAGGUGAAUCCAUUCAUUCAUAGUGAGUCAUUUCCAGGUAUUGACAUCCAUGGUGAUUAUUCUAGCUGGGUACCUAACGACCUUUAGGGCAUAUGUGUUGAUGGCUUGGAUCUUGUUCUUGCCAUUGACCUGGCACUUUAAGACCUGUACUAAUACUUGGAUGUUGCUAUCCUCCUUGUCUGUUCCUCCGUGUAUUUGUGGCACCCCCAGGUACCUGCAGCUGUUCUCUCCAUCAUAGAAUUGGCCUUCUGGUACUUGAACUCCCUCUGUCUGAUCAUCUUCCCUCUUUUUUCUAUCAUCUGCCCACACUUAUUUAGUCCCAGCAACAUUCCAAUGUCCUUGCUGAAUAUCCAAGUUAGCUGGAUCAGUGAGUCAAUGUCCCGUUCAUUCUUGAAUGCAAACCAUUCCUGGAUGCAAAGAGAUAUAUAUUACAAUGAAACCAAGAGGGCUGCACUCACCUGAACAUGCAUACAUUAUAGAAUGCUGCUGGGGACAAAAUACACAAAAUACAAGACCCAGCGCACUCACUUAUUCACUAAACAAUGAUUUCAAAUCUUAGAGAUUGAAAUAGGUUUAUUUAAAAACACCUCACCUAGGCAAAAAUUAAUGGGGGUUUAGUUACAUUAUAUGAUCAUAUAUUGCAUAAGCCUGCCACAACGUCAAUGUACCCCAUUGUUGGCAGGUCCUACUCUAGCAGCCUAAUGCUUGCUCUUAUGAGAUUAAUCCAUUUACUUGGGAUAUACUUCCUUACUGGGACUCUCUGCAAGUCAAGGCUAAAUAGGGUCCUGGAAUGAGGCACCUGUGACAGGGAGGGGUGCAAAACCAAGGAGUUGGCCUGGACUCCCAAAUAAAUAAAUGAAACCAAGAGGGCUGCACUCACCUGAACAUGCAUAUAUUAUAGGGUGCUGCUGGGGCCAAAAUACAAGAUCCAGCACACUCGCUUAUUCACUAAACAAUUAUGUAUGUGUGUGUGUAUGGCUCAGUGGGUGUAUUCAGGAGGCAGCAAAGAGGGUAAAUAGCUCCUAAAGGUAUUUUUCAUUUGCGAUUUUAUAUUUUCAUUCAUAUUUCUGGUUUAAUAUUAUUUUUUCUGUUUUUUAAUAAUUUAUGCUCAUUUUAAUGCAGGGGUUCUCAACCCAGUCCUCAGGACCCCCUACCAGUCCAGGAUUUGGGGAUUACCUGGGUGUGUCUCAGGUGUUUAGAAAAAGGGAAAAAAAACACCUUAGACUCUAAGGUGUUUUUUUUUCUUCUUUUUCUAAACACCUGAGACACACCCAGGUAAUCUCUAAACCCUGGACUGGUAGGGGGUCCUGAGGACUAACGUUGAGAACCCCUGUUUUAAUGGAAUGUGCUUUGCUAGCUAAUCUUAAGAAUUGUGUUAUAAGUUAAAAAGAAACAAAAUACCACGGCUUUACAUGAAUUAUGUUACAUUAGAUUAAUAUAGAUUGCCAUUGCUCUAUUUUUUUGUUUAGGGUGAUGGCUGCUGGAAUGCAGAUUGAACGACAAGAACAAAUCAUAGCAAGGUCUAAAAUGAUUUUUCACCAUAGGGAUCCUGGUAAUGAGGGAACUGGCAAGAAGUAUGUAAUACAUUAUCCUGUAAAAAACAAUAAUGGUGUUUUGUUUUUUUAAUCUCUUUUUGAUGAAAAAUAUUUAAAGGCUAAGCAAAGUAACUGAUAUUUAUUUAUUUAUAAAAUAUUUUACCAGUAAGGAUACAUUGAGAUUUCUCUUAUUUUCAAGUAUGUCCUGGGUAUGAGUCAAAUGCAGAUUGACUAAGUGACAUAAACUAAUGCAGCAGCCAAUAAACCUUGUAAUCAAUGGCGUACAUACCAGGGUCGCAGGGGUCGCGGCCGCCCCUGCGUCCCGGUAUGUACCCACCUCGGGGCCCCCCCGAGGCUGGCCCUGCUGUCACCAGGCAGACUGUCAGUGUGGCCGGCGCGCGAGGGAGCACUAUCCUUUGUGUGCUUCCUCUUCAGCUCCCUGAAGAGGAAGCACACAAAGGAGAGUGCUCCCUCGCGCGCCGGCCACCCAGACAGUCCGCCCGCCCGCCCGCCCGCGCAGCAGCACCACUGGACCUCAGGGAAUCCCCCCAGUACUCCAAAAGGUAAGGAGGCUGGGGGGACUAAAUAAAAAAAAAAAAUGUGUGUGUGUUUGUUAAUGUGUGUGUGUUAGAGUGUGCUAGUGUGUGUGUCUGUUAGUGUUUGUGUUAGUGUGUGUGUUAGAGUGUGUUAGUGUGUGUUUGGCAGUGAAAGUGUAUGUUUUGUAAGUGAGUGUGUCUCUGUCAGUAAAUGUGUGUGUCUGUUAGCUAGUGUGUAUGCGUCUGUUCGUGAGAGUGUGUGUCAGCAUUUACCUUUCUCCAGCGUCGGACUCCCUUGGCGCUGGGGAUCCCUCCGCCUCUCAGCUCUGAAUGCACAUGCGCGGCAAGAGGUGCGUGCGCAUUUAAACCGCCCAUAGGAAAGCAUUACUCAAUGCUUUCCUAUGGACGUUCAGUGUCUUCUCACUGUGAUUUUCACAGUGAGAAUCGCGGAAGCUCCUAUAGCAGCUGUCAAUGAGACAGCCGAGACAGGCUGGAUUAACCCUCAGUGAAACAUAGCCGUUUCUCUGAAACUGCUAUGUUUUCAGCUGCAGGGUUAAAACUAGAGGGACCUGGCACCUAGACCACUUAAUUGAGCUGAUAUGAUCUGGGUGUCUGUAGUGGUCCUUUAAGUGUGUGUGCAUACCGCGGUUGCGGGGUCGCAGCCCUGCAACCCCUGCGACCAGGUGCCCGCCGCCAGUUCUUGCGUCCCUGACCCGCUCUGAGUAAGCGCGGGGGGGGCCCACGGAUCAAUUUUUGCACCGGGGCCCCAUGGGUCAUGUGUACACCACUGCUUGUAAUAUAGCUUUAAUGUCUCCUGUGGUAAUUUGUCUAUACAAUGUACCAAAAAACAUUGGAAACAAUCCAUAAUUAUGGGGUAGUUAAAGUCUUGACUCAGGAGUUACUUGUAAUUAAUUAUUUAAAUUAGGUAAUGGAAACAAUAUGUUCUUAAUGUUUUGAGAAUAAGUCACAAUUAUUAGCCAGAAAAUGAGCGACUAAAAAUAAAUCAAUGUUAGUCUCCAGCUUGUAAUAAAAUAUUUUUUUUCAUUUUCCUAUGAAAGCAGUUUUAUUUCUUUUUUGAAUAUUACUAAAAUGUGUCUUGUAUGUUUUUCCAAAUAUUCAGAUUUUGUUUUAAUUGCAGCAUUCAUCUGAUACACAAAGCGGCAGAACGAAUGUCCAAGGAUGGUCUUACUUCUUUAUCUUAUAAUAUAAUUGUACGUGUUGAACAUAAACUUUUUACCAAAAUCACUGUUGACAUUGGAGCACCACAAGAUGUCCCUGAAGUGAAUACACAAGGGUUGACAGAAAGCCAGUCUCCAUCUACCUAUAAUUCAGUAUUUUGA